AUGCAAUGUGACUACUGUUAGAGGCCUCUUCUGAAUUUUUCUUCAGACCAUGCCACCUUAAAUCUAUACUUUUAGAUAGAUUCAUCUUCCUGAAAUCUGAAAAUAACGAAUCUACACCUGCUUUGAGAGCCUAACAUGGACUAGUAAGUUGAUUAUUGGUCUUACAAUGAAUUAAUGAAUGAAUUUGGUGGCCUUAACAUCCUUUUAGUGUCAGCAUGUGAUCACAUAAAUUUUUGUGGCAUCUGUUCAAUUUGAGCAUUUGUUUUUACCAUUUGGAAUAAGUAGGAUCUUCUGGCUAGUGAGACUUGACCUCAGUGGAACUUCAUGAAUUAUAUCAUUCAUGAUUCUUCCCGCUUAGACUUACAGUGUAUGGUGUGUUCUCCGUGCUCGUUGUUUUUAACAACGAAUGAAGACCCAAUGAAACACAUAGUUCUCACAUUCUUUUUCUUUCAUAUCAUAUGUGAUUGGUAUUUUUCACACUUAUUCAUAACUUUAAAUUUAUUUAGCCCCUAUUAUUAUCACAGAAUCUUUGUACAGAGUGUGUAUAUACAGAGGGAAACCUGAGGGUGAUGAAUAGGUUGGAAGGAUCUUGGUGCUUCCCGCAGUCCAGAAUGUGUUGGGAUCCCUAGCAGUGAAGACUAAACCAGCCAUUGAAAGGAGAGGUGGACUGUUUUCACCUUCUCUGAACUGUCCCAGAUUGACUUUGUUGCAUGGAUUUUGGUGUGAGUCAUUAGGGACUAAACUAACCUCCAAAGGCAGUAGACUCUCCUUUUUAAUGGAAGCUGGAUGGUCGUCUGUCAGGGAUUCGUUGGGUGUGAUUCCUACAUUGCAGGGAGUUGAACUAGAUGACCCUUCCAACUCUACAAACCUGUGAUCUCUGUGAUCUCUGUAGCCAUACACUGUGUAGCUUUAGGUCAGGCUUCCUCAACCUCAGCCCUCCAGAUGUUUUGAGACUACAAUUCCCAUCAUCCCUGACCACUGGUCCUGCUAGCUAGGGAUCAUGGGAGUUGUAAGCCAAAAACAUCUGGAGAGCCGAGAUUGAGGAAGCCUGCUUUAUGUAAUGGCUUACAGUGGACUUUUCCACUGUAAGUUAUAUACAUUUGCCAUUGGAAAUGAUGAACAUUUAUAAGGGGAAGCAAGCUUCAUCUGGAAAUCAUACGUAAAAGAGCUAAUAGAAGAAAAAGAAUUUUGAGAAAUGACUUGGGUAGUUGGAAUUAUUCAUACUGUCACACUGUUUGUAUUGAAUGACAGGCAAGUACAUCAACGUAGUCUUGGUCAUAGAAAAGUUUCUGUGACAAGGUCCGUUCUGAGGUCUCAGUCCCAGAAAAGUCUAGUCCCAGAAAGAGAUUUGUAGCAUAACCUGGUCCUGUCCAAGCCAUAUAAUUGUAAAGUGCCCUUUCCCCCUCCUGACACACAAAGUCUCUUCCCAGAUUCUAAGCUCAGUGGGUUAUAUUCUCCCAAGUUGCCUAUUCAGAAUAUUGACUGUGUUACUUAUGCUCAAUGCAUUUUGUCAGAAAUCUAAAGAAUUUUGGACUGAAUUAGGUCAAGGGAGUGAGGGGACUUCAUAGUGAUGUUGAUAGAAACACAAGUAAUACAAAACGGCCGUGUGUUCAGUGGUAUAGUGCUAAAUUUUGAACUGCUGGAUCCCCAUAGCCAAACCCCAAGGGGAGGGAGAGAAAGAGAAAGAAAUGACUUUGAAGACAUGGGUUCCCGUCCCUGAUCAUCCAUGAAGUUCACAGAUGACCUAGGACUACUCACUGUCUCAGCCUAGCCUACCUUACAGGAUAUUGUUAUGUGGAUAAAAUGGGGUGUGCCAUACCCCUCUGCGCUCCAAGACCCUAGCAAAUGUUGUUAUCACUUCUGAAUAAAGGCCCAUCACUGUGCUCACCCACAUUCGCCCUCCCUACACCAUUGCAUGUGUCCCUGGGCUCUGGGCUCAAAACAAACAAAAUAUUUUUUACAAAAUAACCUGGAUUUUCCUGUAUAAAUUAUGCAGAUUAAGCACAUUUACAUUUGUUUCUUUGCUUUGUGUUAUUAUUUUUCUAAUCAUGGGGAAGGGCAGGUUUCCACGUAGAGUAUUGCAGAUACUGGGCCCUCAUUGCUGGAUAUCCUACCAUUGCUGCCCACUAGGGUGGUUUGCUGUAAAUCUAUUUCCACAAGAAGGAAAAAGGCAAAUAGAAAUCAAAGGCGAGGGACAUAGGUGGCGCUGUGGGUUAAACCACAGACCCUAGGGCUUGCCGAUCAGAAGGUCAGCGGUUCGAAUCCCCAUGACAGGGUGAGCUCCCAUUGCUCGGUCCCUGCUCCUGCCAACCUAGCAGUUCGAAAGCACAAACUGCAAGUAGAUAAAUAGGUACCGCUCCGGUGGGAAGGUAAACAGCGUUUCCGUGCACUGCUCUGGUUCUCCAGAAGCGACUUAGUCAUGCUGGUCCCAUGACCUGGAAGCUGUACGCCGGCUCCCUCGGCCAAUAAAGCGAGAUGAGCGCCGCAACCCCAGAGUCGUCUGCGACUGGACCUAAUGGUCAGGGGUGCCUUUACCUUUACCUUUAUAAAUCAAAAGACAGGGUUCAAUUACCUGGUUCUGUUAGUGAAAACCAGCGUAAGGACUCCAACUACUGCAAUCAAGCUAUCUCCAUCAUCCCCCUGUGCCUCCUCCAAGUCUGGGGGGGGGGUCAGGAGAACCCCCAGAAAAGCACACGGCGGAAGGGGAGAUUGUUCCCUUCAGCAAUUGUUCCUUAGACCAAUGUUCAGUUCCACUCAAGGUUCCCAUGGAUUACAUCUUCAUAUAUUCCAUAAACAGUGGUGCAAAAAAUGGACACUAAAUCAUGCUAAUUUAUAACUUCUUUACUAAGAGUCUGCAUUGGUUCUGUGUGUACCCCGAAUUCCUAGAUGAAUUGGGGAGAUUCAGGGAAGGGUCCCACAUUUCUGAGUAGAAUCGCACCAUUAACAAGGCAUCUCAGGGACUCCACAAGUUUCCGUGCUGCCCUACAGCUUUACCUCUCCAAAAAUAUAAAAUAAAAAUGCACAACUUUUCUAGUUGUUUUCUGUUAAAAGAAGGUGAAAUGGGGAACUUUGCUCCUUUUAAUCCUUGUUAGUUUGGGUCUAUACGUUGUCAGCGUGGGUGAUACAGGCUUUAUAGAUGCUAUGUUGCGAAUUCAGUAGGGUGGCUGAAUAUAAUUGAUGCCUCAAAUUAGCCCUGUCUUGCAGUAAAAAUAAUUCCAGCAAACUAUAUUUCUUAUGAUAAACCCAUCUGAUUAACCUUCAGACCAAAGAAUUCCUAUUCAGAGUCAGUCUGAUUAACAUUCUCGUUUUAGAGCUAACUAUAUGCAGAUGGCAAUGUCAACCCCCAUUUUUUGCAGAGUCUAAAAAUGGCGUAGCUUAUUUGUUUACCUAAAAGCACCACUUUCCUCUCCUAGAGAGAGGACAGCCAUGUACACUUGAAGUCUACAUAUUAUUUUAGGAAUUGUCUUUUAAACAAUUUCAGCAGCUGUUGAAUCUGUUUUUAUAAAGAGGAUGCAUGGGCCAAUCUUUAAAAACAAACAUUUUAUUCUAAUAAAUGUUUUCAAUGAAUUGCAUGUUGAUAUAUAGAUACACACACACACACACACACACACUAAUGAAUAUACUAAAUAAUAAUUAAGGAAAUAUAUAUUCAUACCCCAUGCUUAGCAUCUAUUCUUGUUUCAAACAUAAAACUGAACAGCUAAAUAAAUGUUGUUCAGACUAUUUCUGAGGGAUAACCAAGUUAGAAUAAGUGACAUCAGUGCGAAUCCCCAUGCCCAGUUUAAAAAGAGAAAAACGAAAAAUGAAAGGGGGAAUAUAAUGGAAGUUACUUUCUGUUUCAUGUGUCUUCUGGGCUUUAAUUUAUUAUAUGAUCUCAUAUCUCCUAUUUCAAGCUGAAUUCAUUUUAUUAUUUCUAUUGGUAAGCUUAUUGCUGCGCAAAAAGCACUUGAUUAGUAUUAAUAUUUAAGUUGGAGACUUAGAAGCCCUAGGUUUUUUUAAAAGAAAAAAGAAAGACGUUUACGCUAAUGAAUUAAAAUCAGAUAUUGUGCUCAUUAUUGGCUGAUCAUGACUCCAUCUGCUCUGUGCUAACGUGAAAAUCAAUUACUGUGUCUCUUUCCCACUGACAGCGUAUGUUGAUCGGACUGGCGAGAGAUCUUCGAGGGAUUGCCUUUGCUCUGAACACAAAGACCAGCUACACCAUGCUGUUUGACUGGAUGUAUCCUUAUUACACUAUGACAAUGCCGGCUCUGUGCACAGAGGGAUACCAGGUCCCGUGCAUUAGUUUAAUAGUGUGGCACAGUGGGGAAGAGGAAACAAAGCUAAAUGAACUAAUGCGUAAUCAGCUAAAAUUACAGUACAGUUGCAAUCAUACCAUUAACUGAGAGGGCAGCAUUUGGAGAGAGACCACAAGGAGGUCACUUUUGGCAGAGCGGGGGUUGUGCCACACUAAUCCCUAAUUAUUCUCCUACUCUAUUGUUAGCCUGCAAUACUUAGAUAAAUUUAAAGCCCUUUAAUUUACAGUGUGAUGUACCUCUGCUAUCGGGGCUCCUUUCUGAUUUCGUUUUAUCAUCACCCACUGAAGAAAUUGUAUUUAGUAUAUUUUAGUCAUUGCUGUGUAAGUAACUGUGAGAUCUCUCAUGUGACAUUAUGCCUGCUGUAGGAUUUCCGUUAUUUGAGUCUUCUCUUACGCUGUGCUGGGAAACCAGAAUUACUUUUUCUGCAGAUGUUGGAUGCUCACUUGUGGGUUUGAAAGGGGCAGGGUGAGCAAGUUUAGCAACUUGAAUUCUUAGGGGAUUUAAGGGUCUGAAGCCUACAAAGCCAUGGGCCUUUCCGGACUUUUACAACCUGCCCACCUUAGGUAGUGGUACCUGCCCUGUGGAAUGCCCUCCCAUCAGAUGUCAAGGAAAUAAACAACUAUCUGACUUUAAGAAGACAUCUGAAGGCAGCCCUGUUUAGGGAAUUUUGUAAUGUUUGGUGCUCUAUUGUGUUUUUAAUAUUCUGCUGGGAGCAGCCCAGAGUGGCCGGGAAAACCCAGCCAGGUGGGCUGGGUAUUAUUAUUAUUAUUAUUAUUAUUAUUAUAUCACCAUCAUCAUCAUCAGGUGGAUAGUAUAUGAAGUCAACUCAAACACUUUAGGGCUUUAGCAAUUUUAAGAUGUUCCAGUUGCAGGUUUUCUUAAGUAAUGUUUAAACUUGUUUUUGUGUUUCUCCUGCCUAAAAGGUGGUUUGGGUGUUUUUAGAAAGAAAGAAAAAGGACACCUCACUCUAAAAAUAGGAUUAUUAUUUUUUUCAUUCCCUAUAUGUAAAAAAUCCAAGCAGUAUGCAGAUUAAAACCUAGGAAUAUUAAAACUGUAUCAAAUUGAUUCAACAGCAAGUAGAAUAAAAGGAAGAGAGCAAAAGAUGAAGCAGCCACCAUCAGUCAUAUGCAUGCAUUUUCUAGAGAGCCCUGCUUCCAUUUCAGAUGAACAACAUUUUUAAAAGAUUCAAAAGUGGUCUUAAAAUUGCUAGUGGUGACCCCCUUAGAUAGCCUCUUCAGAUUUGAGGAAACCACUCUUGAUUUUACUUCUGUCCACUAGAUGGCAAAGAUGAACAGAAUUCAUAACAUCUUUGACUUGGUCUUUAACCUGGGAAUUAUUGUGUUUUAUAUAUUAUAACAGUUCUUGGGUAAUGUUUAGAAGCGAAUAGCCCGGCAAGCAGAAUAGUAACAUUAUCCUGUAAAAUAGGAUUGUUUGUAGCAGGCUUGCUUAUACUAAUUGGGUUUCUGUAACAAAUCAGGCUCCUUGGAAAAAGGCCAAAGGCUUUUCAUAAUUGUAUUGACAAGAAAAUGAAUAUGAUAAAUGGUGUUCAUUCAGUUGAGAAAAGAUUUAUAGUUUUUCCCUCUGGGCAAAGGAUGAAGAGCAAAUAUGUGCAAUAAUAGAAAAAUCUGUUACAAAGUUGUUAUUUGAUCUCUCAUAAGGCUUUAUUAAAAUAUCUCCAAAUAUUUUAAAGACAUUUCUGGUGGUAAGGUAUAUCGGUUGUUCUUGAAGUAUUGCGAGGGAAGGUGCAUGGAACUAAAAAUAUCAUGAAUAUGAAAGUCAUUCAUUUCUUUUAAAAUAUUGAUAUGUCAAACUGUCACUGAUUCAAGUGUUAUAUUUUGGAAGUUGGUUUUCCUUGUAUUUUCAGCAAUACAGCAUAUUAGGUGUACAGGGUACUUUUGAAUAUACAGGAACAAUAUUUUCUAAGACCAUGUGCCCUUAAGCAUAAAAUCAGAAUGCAUUCUCAUUAACAUAGUUUUCAGUAGUCAUGUGGUUCUAACACUUACUUAAUCUCAAGAAACUAUACACUUUGAUCAUGUUAUAGGACCUAUUUUGUGAUAAUCCUGAAGAAAUAGGUCCUAUAACAUGAUCAAAGUGUGUAGUUUCUUGAGAUAAGUAAAUAUUAGAACCACAUGACUAUUGAAAACUCGGUUAAUGAGACUGCAUUCUGAUUUUAAUCAUUUGAAUGAGUUUGUGUUAGAUGCUGCUUUGAGAAGUGUAGCAUAACUUUUAAAGUAAAUUUGAUUUUAGUGUACAUUUGAUUGGUUAUAUAUUGAUGUCUACAGAUCAAAAUUUAGUAGAGGAGGGGAAAUUCAAGUCUUAUCAAUUUGUCCAUAAUUAUCCAUUUGUCCUAAGACUUCAGUUUCCCCCUCUUCCACAAAAUGCUUGCCCGAAACUCCUGGCCAGACUUCGGGAGAUGAGAUUAUUGUCCAUAGGCACGUUAUAAAGUGCAAGACAUCCCUCCAGACCAUGUAGACCCUACUUCUGAAAAUCCAACUUCCAAGGGUUCAAACCCAUAGGUUUUGGCUUCUGGUGGCGAUCUUUUGCUCCAUCACUUGGUAGGUUUUGCCAGCUCAGCUAAGCUGAGGCUGCCCAAAGGAGCAAUCUUUUUAGAAUAACAGUCACAACAGGUGCCACUCUGACCAAUGGACAUCCCAUUGCCAGAAGUCUUCAAGUGCACCCAGGCCCAUCACAUUUGGCUUCCAAGUUGACAGGUUACUACAUUCACAUUAUGACCAACAGCGUUGCCACAAAAGCCUACAUCACCAGACAGGGAGCCUGUGCUCAAAAUCCCUGAAGAAGGAGGCAACCUCCUGUUUGCCUAAGAAGAGAGUCACCAGGGCAGAAUCAAGUAGACUGGCUCAGCUGCCAAAGUCAGGACCCUUCCUAAAACAGGAGAUAUUGCAGCAAUCUAGUAUCUACUGAAUGUUCAGAAACUCCAUUUAAAAUUAUUUGUUUUUGCUAAGAACACAGAACAUCCAAGUUAUCAAUGAAGGAAAGUAGAGAUUAAAAAAAGUUGAAUGAACUGUCUAUGAAGUUCCUUCUGUCACUGUACUAAGCAUCCAUGAAAUCAAGGUUGCCAGAAGCCAUUCUUCCUUUGGGUUUCCAUCACCUAAAGUUUAUCUCCAAAUACCUACUGCUAGAGCUCCUCAGUUUUGAUUGAGCUGGCUAGCCAUAUCAGGAUAUUUGCAGAGUUUUUACAGCGGAAGUUAUCAGAGCAUUUUGCUCUGAUGGCUUUCCAUUUAGGACUAGGAGCAUUGAUAUAUUGAUUGAUAUCCUUGUUUUUCUUCCUUUGUAGCUACAUAGGGGUUUUUUAUUAGUGUUGUCUGUUCUUAAACUAUUCUUCCUCUAACUUUAGCAUGGUUGAUUCUUUCAUUAAAUUUGCCUCUGCUGCUCUUGGGCUGCCAGAGGUUGGACCCGUCAGCAAGAUCUUUGAUUCUCUAGUGAUUGAUAUGACUACAAAACAAAAUCUUCAGUUAGUGCACAUUAAGAUUGUCUUUUGAAGCAAUUUGGCUUCGUUUCAGAGAUAAUUUAUAGCAGCUAAAGAAUAGACCUCAAACCUUAGUCAUGUUUUUAAAAGUAAGUUUUGAAAUGAAGCUGUGUGUGAUGAGCAUCUUUUAUUAAGAAUUUUAUCUUUAACUUACAUUAUGAAAGAUACCCAUCAUAUCUCCCUAUUCUUCAAAGAGCUAUUGAGCUGUGGUAUCGCGAACCAGCAUGUACUACUCCUAUUUUGAAGCUCAUGGCUGAGAUGAUGCAAAACAGGUAGAAUUAAUCAUAGGCUUGCUCAACUGUCCUGAUAGUUCCCUUUAGAGAUUGUAGUAUGUUUUCAGACUUGGAAUAUACAACUACCAUUGCCAUGCUUUGGAAUUCCUUCAAAACAAACUUUAUUUUGCAUUUGUGAAAAUCCCAUCUUGAGAUUCCUCUGGGGUCUUUCUCCAAAAGUUGAUGUUGAAAGGUCACACCUUAAGGCCAUGUUCACACAAACAAUUGCAGUCCUUGAAGUUCUUGUGUAAUGUUGUUGUUGUUGUUGUUGUUGUUUAGUCAUUUAGUCGUGUCCGACUCUUCGUGACCCCAUGGACCAGAGCACGCCAGGCACUCCUGUCUUCCACUGCCUCCUGCAGUUUGGUCAAACUCAUGCUGGUAGCUUCGAGAACACUGUCCAACCAUCUCGUCCUCUGUCGUCCCCUUCUCCUUGUGCCCUCCAUAUUUCCCAACAUCAGGGUCUUUUCCAGGGAGUCUUCUCUUCUCAUGAGGUGGCCAAAGUAUUGGAGCCUCAGCUUCAGGAUCUGUCCUUCCAGUGAGCACUCAGGGCUGAUUUCCAUAAGAAUGGAUAGGUUUGAUCUUCUUGCAGUCCAUGGAACUCUCAAGAGUCUCCUCCAGCACAAUACAGUCCUGUGAAUAUUUUGCUCAGCGGUGAAUCCCAUUAAGUUCAAUGGGACUUACUCAGACUGGGUCCUGUGCACACUGACUUGAGAAUCAGCCUCAUUGAACACAGUGGGACUUGCUUCUGAAUAAAUAUGCAUGGGAUUGCUCUGCAACAGGGGCCGGCAAGGCUUAAGCAGCCUGAACCGCUUCACUCCCCCGGAGAUCUCUCCGCGGGCUGUUCCGGUGCGGAGGAGGCGUGUGCGUGCGCAUGCGCGGACGCUAUUUUCAGCGUGGAGGAGGUGCCUGCAGCUUCCUAUUGGUUGCAGGAGCUUCCCUCAGCCUAUAGGAAGCCCCGCCAGCGCUGCAGAAGUGAGUCCCCGAGCCGCGCUGUGCUGGUUUAGUGCAGUGCACGGGGACUUGCUGAAUGGGCAGCAGCGUUCGGGGGCGGCCCGGGGGACGGUUAAGCGACCCCCACGGGCCAUAUCCAGCCCCCAGGCCUUAGGUUGCCGACCUCUGCUCUACAAGUUGAUCAUUGUCAGGACUGCUAACAAAUAGGUAGAAGGGGUAGGAUUUGAGGGCCAGCCGGGCCCCCAGACAUUUAGUUUUCAUUUUUUAGAAAGAAAGAGCAAGUCAGUUGGACAUUCGAGUACAAAACUCAGCUUUUGUACUCAGCAAGCAGCACCAUUGCUAAGGACGCUUAAUGCUAAGCAACCAGAGGAAGGGAUGUUGACAACCCCCACCUGAGACUUAGAAGGGCCCCCCUUCCAUUAUGGGGGGGGGGACCACCUCAAGUAGGAUGGAGGAGGAUACUGGGGAAUGUUUCUUAAAGCACUUAAUUUGUGUCCGCAUCAUUUCACUCCCCAAGUGAUGUGCCACUUGUACAGAGAAAAUCAUAGAUGGUUGGCUCAUGCAACCACUUCUAGUUUGCUUGUCAUCACUGGGCUGCUAUUUAUAUAUACUGCAUUUAAUAUACUGUAAACAUCAUUACCCUGGCCUGGGCUGUGUGUGUUUUUAGGACCCACCCAAUUCCUAUGGCUAUGAACUGUUUUUAACUGUUAUUAACACUUAAUUUUAAAGUGUUGUAACCUGCCCCGGGACCUGUUGGUAAAGGGCAUGUAAUGUAAUAAUGAUUACGAUGAUACAAAAUAUAAACUACAAAAUGAAUCAACAAAUACAACCAAAUAAUAAUUAAACACCUUACAGCUGUAACAAGUUAAUAUUCCUAUGGACUAUACUAUAACACAAACAUAUGUUUAUCAAUUUCUGCAAAAUGUUUUGUAUGCAUAUGUUUUGCUGAGAGUUGUGAAACUGCACAAAUUUGUUGCUUGUUCUAUAUUUGGAGCUUGAUCUUUCAUCCAGGAGCUCAGGGCUGUGUCCAUUGUCUUCCCCUUUCCCCUUUUACCUUCACAACAGCCUUGUGAGGUGGGCUAGGCUAAGAGUUGGACAAUCUUAACAUCCAUUUAUCUAUAUCACACGUCUCUAAAAUUAGUAAUGCUGAGACAUUAGAGGAGAAAGUUUUUGGCGACAUGUUUACAAAUACUGACAAUGCAAAGAGGUGCUAGUAGAUUAAAUCUUCAAAGGAGGAAACUCAUUGAACUAUUUUGCAUAUUCAUGGUAUUCAUCUACCUAUUGGUAUGCAGAAAGCCUGUAUUGUUCCCUUUAGAGAACAUCAUCAGGGAUGGGUUUGCUUUUUCUGGAGUUGUGUAUUGAAUUAGGUUUUACAGGUUAAAAUGCAUAAUACAAUACACUUUGACAUGGUGAAAAUAUGUUACAGGGUAUCAAAUUGUGCAUUAUGAUAGGAUGAGGGUUUGCUUCAGUUUCUUCCAUCUGCCAGAUGUUACCAUUUUCUACAGUGUAUGUAAUACACACAUUUUGUAAAGCAUUUCGGUGCCAUACAAAAUUGCAACUCCUUGUAGAGAACUGAAAAUCUGAUAGGUCUCUCUGGUAUCCACAAAGCUUUGCUAUGUCUAUACAAAUGAAUGGAACAUUUUGCUCCAUUCCUUCAUUAUUUUAAUUAUUACUUAAUUUAAUUUAAUCUAGCAUUUCACAAAAAUAGCACUGACGCUAUUUACAAAAGUUCAGUAGAUGCAAUAAAUGAAAAAAUAACUAUAACAACAAUUUAAACCACCAAUAAAUACCUAAAAGAUGUCACUCAUAUGGAACAAGAAGAAAUAUCCGCAACAUGUGUAGAAGGAAGCAUGGGAUCAUGCUUCAUCCUUCUCAGAGCCUGUGAGAUAAAUCUAUUUCCACCUCAGCACCUUCAUAAUGGCUUUCCACAUAUUUUGAAACUAAUCCUUUGAUUCCAUACAGGAGAAUGUAGUGAAUAUGCACCUUUCACUUAAAGGAGUGGGGUGUUGUGGUAGAUCCUCUUGUGAAAAUCACUGAGGAGAGUUAUACUUACCUGACUCACAACAGAAUAUGAGGCAAGAGUAAUUGUGCUCCCCUUAACAGUUUUCUUCAUUUCAGACCUUUCUCUGAGCCAGUAGUAAAUGAUAUUGGUAGUGGUUUAACAUUUCUGGAGAACAUCUGCACCUGGUUCUGAAAUGUUGACCCCUGAGAGGAUUACUUACCACACAUCUAAAGCAGCAUUUUACUGGGCUAGAGACAGGUUCAUAACAGAGCAUUUCUUUCUUCCUACAACCCCAAAUUUGAAAGAAGAAAAGCUGGACAGGAAUAACCCAGCUUCAGUUGCCUAUAUGUUCUGGUAACCUCUAGGUUAGGUUACUGCAAUGUGUUAUACACGAGGCUGCCUUGGAAGUCACAUUGAAAACUGCAGCUGGUGUAGAAUUCAAAUACUGAAUUCAAAGUGCUGUUUUUUGGGUUUUUUGUUUUUUUAAAAAAAUACUUUUAUAUAUUUAAACAAGAACAUAUACUUCAGUAACAUUAAAAUGUCUGGCCCACCAAAGCAACAGAAAGCUUCAGGGGUUUCCAACUUAUAAAAAAUGUUUUUCUAUUAAAAUGGCCACUGUGUUUAAUUAGCACUAUGUAUUAGUUCCUUCCUCUUCUCUUCACAACUGUCUUCUUUGCAUUUUGAUUCAGAUGCGUCAGUUGUUCCUGCUUACAGAAAAUCCAUGCAAUAAGCAGUUAAAUUCUUAAAUUAAAAAUUAAAAAAACAGUUUUCUGUGGCUACUUAACAUGCUCAGUCCCCAUUGGACUGUUUUGGGGUACAUCUCCCCACUAAGUCUCUCUGUGUUUUCUUUCCUACUUCGGCAAGUCUUGGGGGUUCUCCUGAGCAUACCUCCCUCUGGUUUCUCAGCACCCCUGAUUUAGCUGUUUGACCACCAUAACUCAGUACCUGAGUUCACUGUUAUAGCAUGUAUGAUUAAUGUUUGUUUUAUUGGGUUAUUUGAAGCGAUGUUGCUACUUUCCCCCCAGAUCACAGCGUUUAAAUUUUGAUGUGUCUUCUCCUAAUGGAAUUCUCCUCUUCAGAGAGGCCAGUAAGAUGAUUUGCACUUACGGUGAGCAACUAUUGAUGCUUUGUUUUAUGUAUAUCACCUUGCCUUUUUAGAAACAAAGGAGUUUCUCAUUCUCAUUAAGCAAGAUUUAGCUUCCAAAUACGUUGAUAUUUGCAAGUCCUACUGUGAGAGAUGAUGAGUUUAGACUGUUUCUGGACAGCAGGUUGCUUUGUAUACACUAACCUUAGGGACAGAUUCCCACAGGGCAGCCUCCAUCCCUCUAGCACCGCACUUGUGUGAUCUUUUGCCUAUCAGGCUAGAAGCAAAAUAAGGCAAUUUGAAAAAUAAGCUAGUAGCUCCUGUAUACUUGGAAAUUCCCUACGUUCAAAGAAGUAUAUCAGUUUGUUUAUGUGUUUUUUUUAAAGUUAAACAAAAUCAAAACAACCCCACAAGAACCUGUGAACUUACAUAGCCUGUUGAAUGUUGAGGACAGUUGAGACCCAGUAAGUUGAGGGUGUCAGUUGGAAGUGGGAGGGAGGAAAAAAAGAAAGAAAGAAAGAAAGAAAGGGAAUGGCCUUCUCAAGCCCCUAAAUAGCAAAGUAUCAGUGUUCAGAGAUGCAUGCAGAAAUUUCCAAACUGCUUCCCUGGGAUCUCCAGGUAGGACUGAAACAGCUCCUUUUUGUCAUGCUGGAAAGCCAUUGCCUAUUGAUCAUCAUCAUCAUUUCAUCAUUUUUAAUUUGUAUACCGUCUUUCUAUCUUACGAUACUUAAGGCGGUUUACAAGCUGAAGAAACAAAAAAUGUACAUCUUAUAACAAUCUAAUGCAAUACAAAAAUGUGAUAAUAAAACAUAACUUUAAAAUAGGUAACUUAUAUCAAAAAAGUAACAUUCAACAAUCACUAGAAUAGUAUUAAAUAAUAAUGAUAACAUAUAAAAGUUAAACAGAAAUCCGCUCAGCAGUUAUAAUAAAUUUCUAAACUAUAAUCAAUAAAAGAACGGCAAGACACAGUACAUAAAAUAAUACAAUACAAAUUGAGAAGCAGAGAUUAGAGGGUGGGGCAAGGCAGGUGGAAAGAGGUCUUGCCUGAUGGAGUCUCUCCCCUCACUCUCUGCUAUAUUUGCACUCCUCUGUUAUCACGCUAUUGACAAAGGGCACAUGUCUGAGUGGAAUCCAGGUAACCAGUUAAGCACUAAGUGGUCCAUCAUUGUACCACCCCUGCACUACACCAGACUUGGCCUUCAGUUGUGUUCCAUGAUAACGUAGGCUAAUCAAAAACUGUGUGUAUAGGUAUAAUAGAUUCAGAUGUGCUAAGUAUCAGAAAGUGAGACGUAAUUGUUCUAGAUCCUAAUAUAUGUAUUGUUCUAGUGUUUGUGACUGGAGCCCCUUGUAUUUUUAGCAGCUCUUGCUACCUCGCCGUUACGAAAGACUGACAGAAAAAGUAAUAUUUUCAAUAUGCUGUUUUUUAUUUAUCUACAUUCUGUCAUGAUAUACUUUGAUGUAAGUUUUUAAUUUUGCUGGAGCUUUCAGCUGUUCUAGCAGUUACCGUUCGGGGUCAGAUUCAAGGUUAGCCACAGUAGCACAGAACAAUUUCCUGUUCUCAUAGCCCAGGUAACAUUUGGAUGUGGAUUACAUUUACCACAUUUUCCAGUAGCCAGGGACAUUAUUUCUAAUGAGCUUUAAAUUGCUUCUAGAACAUCUAUUGUGGAAAGCUUAGUGUUGUAAUCCAUCCCGCCCUAGCAACAUAAUAAAAUAAUGCCUCUUAAAAAAAAAGUUAAAUUGUUCUUUGCUGUGUAAUAAAUAUUAUUUUUAAUAGAUUGCCCAUUUUAAUAAUGGACUAUAUUUUUUGCCCCGUUAACAACUCUUGUUCCUUUAUACUGAGCACUCCUGGUAUUUACAUUCUGUAGCUAUAUGUAUUGGCAGUUUUAGCAUCUGAUAAACUCGUGUAGUUUAACAUCACACAAUAUUCUCUUCUUUUAGUGAUACUUGCAGCAUGUCAAUCUGAUUUAAAGAAUGCCUCAGUCCUGUUACUCUAAGAAUCCAUACUCUACUGGUGCAUCCUGCAAUUGUGUGAAGCGUGCUGGUCAAAUAAAAUUAGUUUCAUUUUGAAAUAGGGGUGGUGAUUUUCUUACUUCACUUUUAAUUUUUAAGCCCUUUUUCUGCUGAAUAGUCACUAUUGACUAACCUAUUGCUAAGUCCGCUUCUGUAACUUGAAACUGCAACCUGUUGAAUAUGCCCUUUCCGUCCCACCUUUACUUCCCCUCCCCUAACAACAAGGUGGUAGAGGUGCUGCAAGUAAACCACAAGGUUUGUGCCAGCUGCCUCAUUAAUAGGAAAUUAUCCUGCCAACCUAGCAGUUUGAAAGCACGUCAAAGUGCAAGUAGAUAAAUAGGUACCACUCCGGCGGGAAGGUAAACGGCGUUUCCGUGCGCUGCUCUGGUUCGCCAGAAGCGGCUUAGUCACGCUGGCCACAUGACCCGGAAGCUGUACGCCGGCUCCCUUGACCAAUAAAGUGAGAUGAGCGCCACAACCCCAGAGUCGGUCACAACUGGACCUAAUGGUCAGGGGUCCCUUUACCUUUAUCUUUAUCCCAAUAGUACAAGCUUACCCGGCCUGGUAUCCUCCAGAUGUUUUGACUACAACUUCCAUCAGCCCCAACCAGCUUUGCCAGUGGCCAGGGAUUGUGGGAGUUGGAGUCCAAAACAUAUGGAGGUUGAUGGUUGGGGAAGACUGAAACAAUGGAUGGUGGGUGUGCUUGACCCCUGUCCAUCAUUCCAUGUCUUCCAAAAAGAUGAGAACAAUAUCAAAGAUAGCACUGGAAUCAUGUAAUCAAAGUGAAAUUUAAACACCAGCAAGCAAGUAAACAGGUAAGAAGAUGAUUGCAUGUUGCACUCUUAUCAUCACAAGCUUUUAGUAGCUCUGUUAUUAGAUCAGAAGGGGUGUAGCAUAUAGAACAGAACUCCAGAUAGAUAGCAUCAUUCAUCAAAAGCAUCCUGGAAAUAAGCCUAUAUUUUCCCCAGUGUGUGUGGUGGUCAGGACUCUCAGGGAAUGCACAGUUUGGAAAUGAGUGGUGCAUUGAAGCAGCUCAUGGUUCUGUUUGCUGCCUGCUUAUUAUCCAGCUUCUUAGCUGCCACUUCCAAUGUGCCCUUGAUCAAUUUGAGAUUCUUGUCAUUCUCAGAGCACGUGUGUCCUAAAAUCCCCCCACAGAUACUCUCUAGCUUCCUUUAAAAGUUGGCUUAAAAAUAAUUUGUGAAGUAUUGGAGAUCUUUUGGGGAGGGUGGAGACUCGGCAACAUUAUACUUUGUGAAAAAUUAGAAUACCAUAUUUACACGAAUCUAGUGCACCAUCGAAUCUAAUACACACCUCAGUUUUCAAAACCUUAGAACCAAAAGUCUAAUGUGCCAUCAAAUCUAAUGCGCACCCUAAGUUUCAUGAUGUAAUUUGGCCAAAAAAGGUGUGCAUUACAUUCAAGUAAAUACAGUAUUGCUCUCUGUCCAGUUAGAAUUAGGGGUUAGAGGUAGCUGUGUGUAGGGCUGUGAAUAGGAGCCCUCUGCAACUACAGGAAGGAGAAUUCUGGACCAGUCAACCGGGGUGGGGGUGCUAGCCAGCUUGAUCCCCUCACAAGUGUUCAUGUGAAUCCCCUUACUGUGUAGAAUAUGCAUGGCCAAACUUGGCCCUCCAGCUGUUUUGGGACUACAACUCCCAUCAUCCCUAGCUAACAGGACCAGUGGCCUGACUAAGCCGCUUCUGGCGAACCAGAGCAGUGCACGGAAACGCCGUUUACCUUCCCGCCGGAGUGCUACCUAUUUAUCUACUUGCACUUUGUGCUUUUGAACUGCUAGGUUGGCAGGAGCAGGGACCGAGCAACGGGAGCUCACCCCGUCGCAGGGAUUUGAACCGCCAGCCUUCUGAGCAGCAAGCCCUAGGCUCUGUGGUUUAACCCACAGCGCCACCCGCAACAAUAGUUUCCCCUAAAAGUGAUACUUCCCAGGUAGUCUGUGAUGUAAAAGUUUUAAUCCAGAGUUUUUCCUCGGAUCUUAGCUCAUUUUGCUCUUGAUUAUCCUGUUACCCAUUUUAGAACUGUUCUCAGUAACUGGUCAGUAUCUUCUUUCAAGGCUAUUCUUUACAACUAUCCUUGAACAGAUACCAAUCUCAAGUCAAAUACCUUUACAGGCCUCAUAUGCUAGUAUUUCCACAAGUCAGGCAAGUCAUGAAAUGGAGUUUAGAUCGCCAGCAGAGCCAGCGUGAUGUGUUUUUCUAGGGUACAGCAGGAGCCAUACUCACUGUAGGUGUUGGCCAAUGGAGCUGUGAAGUCAGUGCAAUUUUCACUGCUCCGGGGACUUGGAAGUUGAUGUAGAGAUGAAGAAGCACAUCAGUAGACUCGAGCUAAAAAGUAUUCAUCACUAUAUUCCCUUCAGCCCAGCAGCUUGAUGUGCAGUAUUUCUCCCCUUUUUUUGCAAUAUCUCAAGGGCCAUUGACAGGUGUCUUAUCUCUUUAUCAUAGGUAGCACCUUUACAAAGGCCUGUGAAUUGUUCAGCAGAUCUCAAAAUAGCCAUUGUCUCAAACUAAGCAUGCCAAAUAAUUGCGUUACUAGAAUAAGGGGGAAGAAUACUGAAGCUUUAAAAGCACUAAUUCAUUCUUAUGGCCUGGUAAAAGUAAACCACCUGUUUAUGCUCUGUGUGUAAUGUUCGUAUAUAAACAACCCUGUAUUUUAGAAUGACCAUUUAUUUUAGAAUAUGCAAGCUCUAGAGCUUGGUAUCUCACUAUAAAGAACCACGGUCAGGUUGGUUCCCCUGCCUUAUUGUGUUAUUAUGGACCUUCUGUUUAAAUAUAUUGUUGCGAUUCCUUUAAAAUGCUACUAUUCUAGAAUAUAAAUGUUAUGGGGUGUUCAGUAAUAAUAAAAACCCAGCGAAAUGAAAACGUUAAGCGACACAGUUUUCAGUUUUUUCAGUUACUUAUGUCAAUUCCUCUCUUUAUCCCUUAUUCCCCCCCCCCCCCUUGCAAACAGGUAAUCAGAUCCUGUCCCUUGGGACUCUGUCGAAAGAUCAAGUUUAUCCAUUGAAACUCAAGGGUAUCUCCAUCUGUUAUUCUGCACUCAAAUCUGCCUUGUGUGGAAAUUAUGUCAGCUUUGGCGUCUUCAAGUUGUAUGGGGACAACCACUUUGACAAUGUACUUCAGGCCUUUGUCAAAAUGCUGCUCUCAGUAUCCCACAGUGACUUGCUAGUAAGCAAUUAUUCGUCUUGGGAGUCUUUAUGCAAAAUAUGAAAUCACCACCACAGGCUUAAAAUGGAGAGAGAGGGGGAUCUAGAACAACUCAAAGGCAGUUCUUUUUAAUCUCAGCUACCUGCAUUUAUUUGCAUUCUUAGAGUCAAAAUAUACCAUUAGUAUUUCCAAUGAUAAGUAUUCACUUCAAAAUAUUUAAAAUGCAUCAUAAGGAUAAGAGGAUAUUGGUCAAAUUAUCUUCUGUGUCUAAUACCUCUCCUGAAUGGCAGUAGAAUUGUUUUCCACAUUGUUCUAAUUUAGCUUAGCUGCCAUAAUGCCUUUUCGGUAACAGUGCACACCAACAACCUUCCUUUAUGAAAUUUGGGGCAUAUUUUUUCUGAAAUAUUAGUCUUCUGACAGCUAUUCAUAUGGGUUUAAUGGCAACGAUACUAACAGUCCACUACUUGGCAUACGGGAAAGAGAAAUUCUGCCAUUGUCAAAACUGUAGUAUUGAACCAAGUCGUUUGUUCUUUCAGUACUGGAUCAACUGGGCCUUGGCUAUUUUAAUUUGCCUUUUAUUGGUUUAUACAACUCACCUUGUAGAAAAACAUUCAUGGUUGUGGAAGAAUGAAGUCAAGCAUAUAAAUCCAGACUCUCUCAUUAUAAUGGCUAACCUAUAAAUAGUUUUAUGCAGAAGCAAUUUUUAAUUGUAGAUUAAAGAUAUGCAUUGAUUGUAUAAGCAGUCGAGUCAAGCAGGGAAUGAAAGACCCCUUUUUCCCUGCAAAAAAAGAAGAAAAAAAUUAGUGGGGAGACCUGCUGACUUUCACUACUUGCCAAAAUAUUCCCAAAGAAAGUUUGAGUUAAUAAAUGAGGCCUAUAUUUGAGUGUAGUUUUGAGUCUUCAGCAGCUACAACUGAUGUGCAUAUGCUAAACAUGUACCAGAUAGGAUGGAAGGGCCAGUCAAGUUCCCCUUCCAGUAAAAUCCCCACAUACUGUGAUCAGAGAUGACCAUGGUCUAAAAGCAGCGUGUGUGUGGUGGUGGUGGGGAAUAUUGGAUUUAUAUUUCUGUAAAACUGAAAAAUAAAAUUUAUAAAAGCAUGACAUAGUGCAGCAUUUUCAACAGUGGAAUAUGUGGAAGAGCCAAUAGAUGGUAGAAUGCCACAGGAGCAGUUUUUUUGUGAGCAGUUAAUGUACUGUGAUUAUUAUUAUUAUUAUUAUUAUUUUAAAAGCAGCAAUAGGAGAGUUGUAUAUUUCUGCCUCAAAAUGCAUGCCCCCAAAUGAUUAAGCUAUUUUCAGAGUUUGAAGGCUAAAAUCUGGUGCAUAUCCAGCCCAGGACACUGAUUUCAGUAAGAGCCUGGAAAUAGACUAUUUUCAAUUUUAGGAUUAAAAUCCAGGGCAUGAUACUCUUAGAUGACAACAAGGAACAAACAAAGCCACGCCUGGAACAGAAUGUUGUUUGGGCUGUGUGGAUGUUCUGUUGCUCCUUCACGCUGUCCCCAAUAACAGCUAGGAACAUAUCUGUGUUUGCAGAAUGGAAGCAAGAUUUGCUAAUGUUUUUAAAAGUUAGGGUAGCAACUGGUAAAUUCUUAGGUGUUAUGGCUGUUGCUUUGUUGCUCAGAAGUAAUGGUGCAUAUUUUCACUCCCUUUCCACCCACAGAGUAUGCCUACAUGUGCGUAAAUGCACACAAUUAUCUCUCCUCUCUCCAGUAGGGAAGUCAACAUAUAGACAGAAUUGUGUGUUCUAUACUUUGAAUAUUGGCCUUAGUUAGCAAGGAAAUCUUUAGUGUUUGUGCAGCUCCUUUCCUCUUUCCAUACUUAACAGAACGAAGUGUGCAAAACGAUCUGAUCUAUGAAUAAGCUGGCUGCAUUUGCAUAAUUAAUACAAGUUUCAAAAUGCAGAUUACUUUGGCAUCAGUUUGGUGGUCUACAGAACAGACUAAAUACAGCCCAGGGUAUAUCUUAUACUGGGUUUGUUUCCAGUGUAAAAUUGAUUUAAUGCAGUAGAUAAUCCAGAAUGCAUUGAAGUUACUUUGCAGGUAUUUUAAUGCAAUAAAUGUUAAUAAUCCACAUGGAGUAACUUGUCAUCUGUUCUCUUUCUCUCGGUCUCUCCCUUCCCCCAACCCUAGCAAUAUCGAAAACUAAGCCAGUCUUAUUAUCCACUCUUGGAAUGUCUCACCCAGGACCACAUGAGUUUUAUCACCAGUUUAGAGCCUCAUGUACUAAUGUAUAUAUUUACUUCAAUAUCUGAAGGACUUACUGCACUGGGUAAGUACACCAUGUAACUCAGCUAAGGAAGGGUGUAAAAACUACUGUGCAGCAGUCAAAAGCAAUAUGGUAUAGCUUCCAGAGAAUUUAAUUUUGUUGCUGUGACUCCAAUGUUGCACAGUAUUAUUAUUUUUAUAUAAAAUGGUUAUUUUGUGGGGAAAUUAACAGUUCUGGUCCUCAAGCAGUCAUGGGUAUAGACAUCAGCUCAUGGACGUCAGUGACAUAAUUCCCAGUGAAUUUAAUGACAGAUAAAUACGCAUAUUUCUGCCAUUCGUUACGAACUUUUGAUGCUGAAUCAUGGUCAAUACACACUCAUUUAAAUUCAACUUUUGUCCCUUUCUUCAGUGUUGCUCCAAACAAUUUUUUUUAAUGCAUAAUUUGCUCUCCUCACAGAACAUUCUAACCAGGCAUAGUUUCUCUAUCUCAUUCAACCUUACAAACAAGCCUGUCACCAAUAUUUUCAUUUUGCAGAGGGAAAUGAAUCAAGCAAUAGUAGUUCCCUUGACUUCAUUGGUGGGCUGGAAUUUGAACUCAAGCUUCCUGGUCCAAGUGCAUAAAAUUGCUUCAUAAUUAAACUUCCCAUGAAACUGGAUAAUGUUUUCUGUUCCUAAAGUAGAGUUGGGUGUUUGUAAGGAUGGCGGAUGUUAGUAGGGAUGUCAGAAUACUGGAAAUUCAACUGUCUCUCAGUUUGAUGGAUUGAUAGAUGGAGUUUAAUUGUAUGGUGCUUUUCUGCAAUGAGCUGUGGCCAAAGCACCGCACAACAGACAUUCAAAGCAUUAUUUUCCUUUUCAAAGCACCCUUCACGGCCUAGGACCCUCGUACCUACGGGACCGCCUCUCCUGGUAUGUCCCAAGGAGAGCCUCAAGGUCCAUAAAUAGCAACACCCUAGUGGUCCCGGGCCCUAAGGAAGUUAGAUUAGCUUCAACCAGAGCCAGGGCCUUCUCAACACUGGCUCCGGCCUGGUGGAACGCUCUAUCUCAUGAGACCAGCACCCUGUGGGAUCUGAUUUCUUUCCGCAGGGCCUGUAAGACAGAGUUGUUCCGUCUGGCCUUUGGCUUGGAGCCAAUUUGUUUCCCUCCCCCUCUUUCUUUUUCCUUUUUCCUUUCUCCUCCUGUGAUGAGGCUGCAUUUUAAUGUUUCAAUAUUUUAAUUGUUGUAUUUUAAUCUUGUUUUUAAGUUGUAUUCAUUCAACUUGUUUUUAUUAUUUCUUGUUAGCUGAGCCCGGCCUUGGCUGGGGAGGGCGGGGUAUAAAUAAAAAUUAUUAUUAUUAUUAUUAUUAUUAUUAUUAUUAUUAUACAAAUGCAAACACACGAAAUACAGGGCAUGUUGGUAAAUUCACAAAUGUAACACCGACCAACUCAUAAGCACUCUUUUUGAAAACUGCAGCCAUGAUUUUGACAUGCACAAGCAGUGGGCAAAUGUCACCCAACAGUUAAAUACAAAACUAGGCCUUGGAUGUGCUAACAUCAGACCAUUAGAGUAAGCAACCUAUAUCCUGUGCUUAGCAGAACAGAAGAGCAUCUGCUAAGACGUAUUUGUUUGCUUGUUUAAAGUGUUAGCCCUUUCCGCCUUGUGUCAUUGAAGUGCUUGGCAUAUAUUGCGGAUUAAACAGUAGAGCAAAAGAUGUGAAAACCCACAUCUCAAAACUUUUUUUUUUAUACAAGUAUCCUGAAUGGAAGUACUGUGUGCAUCAUAGUUCCACACUUUACAGUAUAUUCGAUACUCUGCAAUAAUAUUUAUUCCUUUGGUAUGCCCUGGUUGUAAAUCAUGUGUAAUGGAAGCCCUCAUAUAGACUUCACAGUAAAGAUAAACACUUUCAAGAGCCCUUUUCUAAAGUGUUUGCCUGGCUUUUCCACAUCCGACUGAAACCUUUUAAUGUAUCUUGUAUGAUGUUCUCCCUAAUCGCCAUGUAAAGCUUUUCUAAUUUUUCUGUGAUUGAUAACAUACUGCUAUUCAUUAACUAAAAUGAAAGCAUGGCAUUUUUUUGGUGUCCUGCCAUUUUAAUUGGAUGUUAAAUAGAUUAAUUUGUUUACUUUCAAACUCCCUUAAAAGAGAUCAUUUAGGUAUGGUGUAAAAAGAACCUAGUCCAGGAACAUAGCAAGCAUUGCACUUGUACCUCUUCCUGCUAUCUUCAUCUUAAAUGAAAUAAAGCUCUUAGAUUAUGGUCUGUUCAGUAAUGCUGUCAAGUGUUGAAAAUAGUUCUUCCAUCUAUGCUUAUUCAUAAAAUGUGAGGGCCAAAUGGGCCUUUUCGAGUAACAAUAAAUAGCAGCAGCACCUUGGUGCUAAUGUAAUAGGAAGUUGGCUUGAAUACAGAUGUCAUAUUCCCUUUUCUCAUUAGCCAAGUUGCCUACCAGAUGUUUCAUGGUAUCACUGCUGCAGACACAUCCCCUCUCUCUCUUUGUUUACCAGAGCAACAAUUGUCACUCCUCCUCCUCUCCUUUUAACUUGCCUGCCUGCUGUUUGUCUGUCUGCCUUGAGUAAAAUGCAAUAAGGACUGCAUUCGCGUUCAACAAAUGACUCUGCUUGUCCAUUAAAAUCAGCGUGGGGGUCUUGCAUCACAUCCUCCUCUGUUACACUCUUACAAUAAGAAGAAAAAUGAGUGCCACAAGCAUCUUUGAUAUACAGUUAUGGGAAAAUAUAAGUAGCUCUUAAUACUUAAAUUGCAUCCUCGUGAGCAGAUGAGAGGGUAGACCUCUCCACUGUGCUGCUAAGAUCACUUACAGAGGAAUAUAAAAUAUCUACUUGUACAGUAUCAGCAUGUUUAGAACAGCUACUGGUUUCUAAAUGGAUGUUAGUGAUUUACUUUGUGUUAUUCAAUUUUAAAACAAAUAGAGUCAAAGCACUGGUUUAAAAGUACUGCAAAACUCGCUUAUGAAAUAUGCAUUUCCAAAUACAUUUCUUAAAGUGUUCAUUACUUCCACAUGCAGCUACAAGGCCAGAAGCCUUUAGAAGUGAAAACAUAAUGGGCCUGUUCACAGAACACUGUUCACAGAAGCCGCCCUCAUCCCCUUCGUUAUUCAGCAGCUACUAAAUACCUAGGGCUGAAUUUGUGUUCAGUUAUUACCUUUAUACAGUCUAAUCAGGAGGGCUAAAAACCUGGUAGUUGAUUUCACUCAAACCUUUGGUACUGCAUAGCCGAUUUUAGGCCAGGCAAUAUCUUUUUCUUUACUAAACAUUGUUUGAAGAAUCUUGUCCUCUUCUUUUUAAAACACACGUUUCUUUGUGAGCCGAGUUUUUGUUUUUCAGUAAGGGAACCACUAUUCCAUUCAAAUAAGGAAAGGGCUAACAUUUUAUUUUUAUUUUUUUAGGCCCACCUGCACUCUACCUAGAAGAUUUAGAAAUCUUACAUCCCUUUUUGCCUUUUUAAUAACAAACAAACAAACUUAGUUUGGACAGUACCCUCCCCCUGAUCUUAUUCCUGCACAUUUCAGCGAGAAAGAAUGGGCCUCCCCACCCAUCUACAUGCCUGUUUUACUAUAUGUUUGUAUGAAUAUGUAGCAUUUCUAAAUGGCAUGCAUGCCUAACAUCCAGUGCACAUAGACCAGAACAGCACACUAGAUAUCUCAGGAAAUGCCUGGAAGCUUUCUGCAUUAUUUGGGCCUAUUAUUCUGCAUUAUUUCGGCCUAUCCACAUUGGAUAUUUCUUAUGCGUGUCUUAUUGAAGUGUUAUGCCUACAUGUGGACAUUGAGUGGCUUCAGAAGCUGAACUUGUGGGCCAGAUGGGUGGGUAGGGAAGGCAUAGGAGUGGCCAGGAUUUUUGUUAGGUGGGGGAGACAGAACCUCAGAUUUGUAUUGAUUUUUAUUUAUUUAGGGGGCAGCUGCCUCCCCUUCACUACGCCCAUGAGGGAAGGUAUGCUCUUUUCCCAUCCUGUCGACCCAAAACAUAGGAGAAAGAUUGGGGGGAAAUAUCUGAACCAGGAUCAUGCAGUUGCUUUCCUUGGGUGGUCAACAUAGUAGAUUAAUUCUGCACUUUGCAAACAAUUACUUCAUAUAUCUUGAUGGCUGGAAUUAUGUUCUUGGUCAUAUCUCUCAGACCUUUGGUUUGAAUAAUGACUUUAGUUCACUGCAAAGCAACAGUCAGGUUCUCAAUUGAGAAUUUUCCUCCUUCCACUUCUGUGUCACAAUCAAUACUGCCCUUGGAAAAGAUGAUAUCAAAAAUAGAAUUACAAGGGGAAACAGUGGAGUAGAUGAGAAAUCAGCUUUCCUCCACCUGAAAUGGGUAGGGUAGUCACUGGUCAUCUACAUACAUCUUUCAAAUUCUACUUUUCACAACCUGUUCAAAUGAUCCCAAUGUCAGAAGUGAAAAGCCAGUCAUCCCCCCAUGACCCACAUUGAAGCUUGUUUGUUUUGUCCCAAAGUACUCAGUACCACUGCAUAGUCCCACUCUACACUGGUCCUGCCUUGAGUACCACUUCAGCAAAAAUCCCAAGGACCAGACAGAGAAGCCCAGAGGGCCUGAAGUUGCCCGCCCUGUUAUAGGGGGCCUAGUUUUCAUCAGCUGUACGCCAUAAUCAUCACAAUUAUAACAAAUAAAGGCUUGACAUAUCUCGCUUUGCAUGUCACGAGUCCAUCUCAUAUAUAAGUUUCACCUUUUAAGUUGAAUUACUGAAAUAAAUGAACUUUUCCACGAUAGUCUAAUUUCUUGAGUUUCACCUGUAUAUCAAGUAGCCCUGAGAUCACAAGUCAUCGUAAUACCUGCCAUUGCACUACAGAGUUCAGACUGCCAUGCCUUGGGAGAAGGAAUUGCUUGGUUCUGCAUUUUCUCCCGUUUUGGAAUUUAAAAUAUCUUGAUCUUAAGUGUCAGGGAACUGCCAUCAGUGCAGGAGGGAGAGAGCAAAAGCCAAAUGGAUUAUAGAGAGCCUCCAGGGAUUGUGGGAAGUAGCUCCUCUUCAACGGAGGAGAGUAAACGCGGCUCCAGUGGAGAGGAAGUGCAGGAGUCGGAAGUGGCGAGGCGGUCCCAGGACUCCUUGCCUGGGAGAAGCGGGGAGGGAAGGGGUCCUCCGCUGCCCACGCCCUCUUUGCGCAGAAAGCAUUCGCGCAGAGAGGGGAGGCGCAGAUUGGGCGUCAAGAAGCUGCUUUGCUGGGGAAAGUUUAAGAACCGCCCACUCACGGAUUCUGCCAGCGAUUGAGUCAGCCACAGGAGAGUGGUGCUCCGGACAGAUAAAGUUUAUUUUGGCAGCAAAGCCAAGACUUCACAGCCAAGUCGGGAGAUAUUUGCCUGCUUGCUCCCGAGCAACCCCCUUGGAAACACAACAUUAAGCUUUGAUCCUGCACUUAAUGUAGUGAAUUCUGUAUGACUUGAUGUGUAAGGAUGUCUAAUUUAUCUGUGUUAGAUUCAGUACUUACAUGCUGGUGAGAUGAUAAAAUGAGAUAACCAUGUACGACAACCUCAGCAACAUGGUGAAUGGAUGGGGCAUUAUUAUGAGAGAUGGAUAAUAGAUAGAUUGGGUAGAUUCUACAAAUAAAGAAACUCUCUGGGAAAGAGAUACAACAGUUCACCUCCAUUUGAAGCCAGUAGAAAUGGGGAUUAUCAGAAAUUCACAGGAAUGUUUCAUACUUGGUAAGAUUAAGAGAGUCUUGAGACUAAUUGUGGCUAUAUUGUCUGCAAAAUCCUUUCUAAGACCUCAGGAGAACUUAGCUUAGGAAAAAAUAUAUUGCAAUGAUGUUCAAAUACAAGUAAACUUGAAAACAACGUUUAUGAAGCAGAACUGGCACAGAUCAACAAUCUGGCGUCUAGAGAGAAGUUCUCAAAUGCUCACUGCAAUAUUGGCAGGUUUCCACUCAUCACAGUUUAGGGGGAUACACUUAAUUGAGUCUAUCAUACACAUUCUCUUUCUCUUCCAAAUGAAUAUUUUAACAAUUUAAUUCGUGCACCCAUCCAAAAGCUAGGCAAUCAAAACCAAUUCCAUGGUGACCUAGAUUUGCAACCCUUAGAGUCAAUUGUCCUCACUUGGGAGCAGGUUGAAUCCCCAAAUGCUGGCAAUCUCCUACGAAUGUGAUUGUUUCUUAUACCAGCCUCCGUUCCAUUUUCUCCUUCUUUGAACAAAAAGGGAGACAAAUUAUCUGCAGUAGCUUAAAGCGUGACUGCCGUUAGAACUGAAACAGAAGCUGCACUUGAAUACAGAGUAAUGCUAGAAAAAACUAUGGUGUGGGAAAAGAAGACCAAAUAAUCCAGUAAGGAGAAACUAGAUAAGAUUGCCUACAUUUAUAAACCGGGCACAGAUAGAAAAUAACCAAUCUAUUGUUGCCAUAUGCUAAUGCAUAGAAGCAAACAGACUCUGUUUUCAUUGAACUGAGGCAGCAUGUGUUGGAGUAAGGUUAUGAUGAUAUAAUGGCAACAGGAAUAUUUUUAUCCACAUUUACAAGCUGAGCAGAUAAUUCUAGUUAGUGUAAAUACAACGAACAUUCUCCAAAGAGUAGGCAAAGUUAUUGCAUCAGUAAUAUAUGGAUUUGGGAAUCGGUUGACUAUAUUGAGCAUACGAAGGUAUUCUGCUGUUAAAAGUAUGGCACUGAACGGGGUGUCCUUGCAAAAGAGAGGUGUAAAUAAAGGAACUGAGGUGAGGAAGACAAACUGCGCCUGUCCUUCAAGCAGGGAAAAAAAUAGUGUACAUGAGUCAGAUGGACACAUUAAUGUUCCAUCAGAUAUGGUUUGGUUUUGGUCUUCUGACAAGUUUCCUUCAGUUUAAAUCCUGCACAUAAGGAUGUGCCAUUAUCCUUUGCUCUACUUUCUCUUAUCAGCUAUUGCAUUAUCAAGUUCACAGCCCAAAACCUCUGGUAGAAAUUGUGCAAUGGUCAUUGCACUUGUCGUUAUCCUUGAUUGCAAUAAAAAUAUCCAGCCAGCCAUUUACUUCUAUCUUCCUCACUUCUCAUUCCAUACCCCAGUAUCAGUGUCAUCCUAAGUUCUAUCGAAAUACAAUUUUAAAUAUUUUUGUUAGCUGGCAAGUUUGUGUCAUUUUUCCAAAUUCUUAAUAAUAUCCUGAAUAAGGUAAAGGUAAAGGACCGGUGGAUGGUUAAGUCCAGUCAAAGAUGCCUAUGGGAUGCGGUGCUCAUCUCGCUUUCAGGCUGAGGGAGCCAGCAGCGGGACACCGUGACACAAACUAGAGCGCACGGAAACGCUGUUUAUCUUCCUGCCGCAGUGGUACCUAUUUAUCUACUUGCACUGGUGUGCUUUUGAACUGCUAGGUUGGCAGGAGCUGGGACAGAGCAAUGGGAGCUCACCACUGUUGCGCAGAUUUGAACCGCCGACCUUCUGAUCGGCAAGCCCAAGAGGCUUAGUGGUUUAGACCACAGCACCACCCACGUCCCUACAAUAUCCUGAAUAUAUAAUAAUAAUAGACCCUUGGAUUACAUGUUCAACCUGUGCGUUCAUUUACAGGCAAAUUGCGAUAUUGGCUCUUCAGUUAGGAUUUUAAAGCAGGAGAAUGAAAACAUUUGCUCUUAUCCCCCAAGUGCAAACUCUUCAGAUUUCAUAAUUUCAUAGCAAUAAGGAAGCAGCUGGAAUCCUGCAAUUUGGAACACCCAGCAGGAGUGCUUACAACUAGGCAGAAUACCAGUGGGGUUUAGGAGUCCCCCUGUGCGGUUUAGAGUGAGAGAAGAGGGCCUGUUGCACUGAAAUCUACUUUGAAUAUGUUAAACCUACCGAAGAAGAGCAACGGUGCGGUGAAACAUUUUCAUCCAGAUACCUCAUCUCACUGUAAUAUUGUGAUUUCUCUUUCUCAUCUAGGAUGCUACUAUUAGAACUAUCUUCUAAUUAAUUACAUUUUAUUUCAUUUGCCAUGUGCAGAUACGAUUGUCUCCUCCAGCUGCUGUGCAAGUUUAGACUACAUUGUCACCUACCUCUUUAAGCACAUAGCAAAAGAAGGCAAGAAACCUCUGAGAUGUAGAGAGACUUCACAAGACGGGCAAAGAUUACUGCACUUCAUGCAGCAGAACUCAGAGGUAUUACAGCAGGUAAGCUCCGUAGCAUUGUGCAGCUUUCCUCCAUUUUUAUCGUUGUGAGCAAAGGUGUUCUCCUCUCCUCUUCUUUCCUUCUUUAAAAAAAAUUAUUCGUUUUUGCCUUUAACAAUUAUCAUCACAAAUAAAUCAUAAUCAUGUACAAAUAGGAUUCUCUGAAUCCCAGAACUUCACUCCUCCAUGGUUUCCAAAGUUAUUCUUUUCUUUUCCAACUGCAUCAUAUAAUGUUCUCCAUAUUUUCUUAAGCCUCAAUUUCUCGCUACAUUGCAAGUGGGUUUUUUUAGAAUCCUGCCAAUGUUUUUAAUUGUUUACAGUGUUCUUUGAAGUGACAUAAAUUUUCCCCAUUCUUUAUUAAAUUUAUUAUCCUCUUGAUAAUAAAUCUGUGGGAUGUAAGAAUCAGGUGCAGUCAAACACAACAUUGCUAGAGCAGACAGUGUGGUGUAGUGGUUAAGAGCGGUAGUCUCGUAAUCUGGGGAACCGGGUUCGCUUCCCCGCUCCUCCACAUGCAGCUGCUGGGUGACCUUGGGCCAGUCACACUUCUCUGAAGUCUCUCAGCCCCACUCACCUCACAGAGUGUUUGUUGUGGGGGAGGAAGGGAAAGGAGAAUGUUAGCCGCUUUGAGACUCCUUCGGGAAGUGAUAAAGCGGGAUAUCAAAUCCAAACUCUUCUUCAGUCCUCCAGCCGGAACUUUCCAGGACUGAGACGAAACUUCCUAUGUGUAACUUGAGAUGGCCGUGGCCUCUCCUGAAGUGGAAUGAUCCAGAACCUACAGGCUGGCGACCAUCUUGUCUCUUCUUGUCUCUCUUAUCUCUUAUUGAUGCCAUCUUAACAACAGCACUACUAAAAUGCACCCCUGGCAUUUUGGUCCUUUCUCCCAUAAGGAGAUAGUCACCACAUUUAAACUAUGUUGUAACCUUUUAAGUCUGCCUUCUGGGAACCUUUGUGUGAACAGAUCAUUACUUGUGAGUAAACGUUUUAUACUUUACAGAAGACUGUGUAGCAUCUUAUUUUAGGAGGGAUUAAACGGGGAAAAUACCAGGAAAUAUUUACAGAGACUCUAACGAGUCUGAGCAAGCUAUCUGAUGUGCGUAUGUUUAAAAAAGGGGAAUGUUAACUCUGCUGAUUUUGUUGAACUUGUAAAGACAAGUUGGGAUAGGAUAUCUUAGACAAUAUAUCCUCCCACGCAUUCAUAAACAUUCCCACAAAAUCUUCCUGGUCAUUUUCGCCAUUUCAGCAUAGUCCAUCAUCUUUGUCAGCCUUCUUCUCUUGUAGGUACUUUGUCUGCCUUCCAUCCUUGGGCAAAUUAUAUCUACGCUGCUGUCAAAGCUCCUCUUCUUUCUUUUAAAGCAAGUUUACAAGGAUAUUCCAGUUUAUAAGUUAAUAGAUGAGACGUUUUUAAAAAUUGCUGGUGUUUUUGUUUUGGAAGUUUAGAAAAAGCCUCUAGUGAUACAGUAGUCAUGGGGAGAUCAUGUUCUUAACUCCAUGCGCUGAUGACCUCACUGUCAACAAUCACAAUUGUCUUCCUCAUUGACCCAGUAUCAACUACCUUACAAAUAAGUGAGUACCUUGGACCACUGUGGGAGAUUAGAUUAGAUUAGAUUAGAUUAGAUAAAUUUAUUGUCAUUGUCCGUAUAUACACAGUAUACACAACAACGAAAAUCAAACACCCACUCGAAGACCGGGUUCACAUACACAUUUGCACGUAUCUCCAACACUCUCAUCCUAUUCAGACAUAAUCUAUAAAAACAUAUCAUACUCCAGAAUGUAACAUAACCUAUUAAAAGCAUAACAUAACCUAAAAACCUGUCUCAUUCCUUCCUACUCCCUGCUUGCUAUUCCUUGCAACUGGCCCUGAGAUCAUUAUUUAGUGCAAUCAGAGCUCUUGGAUAGAAACUAUUCAGAAGGCGUGUGGUUCGUGUUUUCAUUGUCCUAUAUCUUCUGCCCGAAGGCAACAGUUCAAAGAAGUUGUGAGCAGGAUGGGUGGGAUGCUGGGGUCAUCUGCACACAAGAGACCUAUUCCACCACAACCUCCUUUUGCACUGGAUUUCCAUUGUCAGUGCAUCUCUGCCGGAAAGCUAAAGGCACUUUGCCAAAAACCCCAUGUGCCCAAGCAGCACACAUGUGAACUGAUUUUAUUAUAGAAGUUCAGAAGCUUCUAUAAUGCACUAAGGCAGUCUUCAGUGGUUGAGUAUUCAGGAAAGAAAUCUUGGGGCCAUUGUGGAUAGCUCAGUGUAAAGCAUUGCAACCUGGGGUGUAACAGCAGUGAAAAAUAUUAACUCAGUAUUGGAAAGUUGGGGUUGUAAAUAAGUUGACCUCUUUGUGGUACCUUUCCAAAUGUGUGGCCAGAUUUGGAAUCCUGUAUACCAGUUUUCCUGAGCUUGAUACCCUCCUGAUGUUUCAGAAUCUCAAGUUCUGUCAUUCCCAGCCAGCAUGGCCAAUGGUCUGGUACUAUGGGAGUUUACAGUGAUGUUGCUGACACACCUAUGGGAGUCCUUGUUGACCUCUGAAAUAAUAAUAAUAAUAAUAAUAAUAAAUUUUAUUUAUAUCCCGCCCUCCCCAGCCAAAGCCAGGCUCAGGGCGGCUAACAACAAACAAAUAAUCAAACAAUCAAAUAAUCCAACAUUCUAAAACAUUUCAUUAUAAAAAUUAAUUAAAAUCAAAUUAAUGGCAACCGUUAAGCAAAGUUCUGUGCAGGUUGCCAAAGGAGGGAGUCAGGCUGGGCCCUGACCAAAGGCCUGGUGGAACAACUCUGUCUUGCAGGCCUUGCGGAAAGAAAUAUAGUGUUGAUCACUUGUUGGCAUGCUGUCCCUCUAACUAAAGCACUUUUGGCUCCCUAGUAAUCCAUUUUGCCUUACAUCCUGUUUAGUGAAACCAUCUGGAGAGUUCUCCCUCCUUCUCCCAAUCCAAAUAUAGUGGUGAAUGCCUGGGACAAGAAUAGGUGUAGGUAUCUCGAUAAAUGCUGAUAAACUAAAUCUCAACAGACAAGACUGAAGAAUGUUCAUAGAUGGUAUGUAUAAUGGUAUGGGGUUGCUCAUGCGUAAGUUGCCGCCUCUCCUGGCUAUGUUGCCUUGUUAAACCUUUCUGUCUGGACAGCCCUUCAAUUUGUGGCUGCCUCAGUCGCUAGCAGAAUCCGUCAGUGGGCGUUUCUUAAACCUUUUCCAACAUAAAAGUUGUUUGACACCCAGUCUCCUCCUACUUUCUCUGCGCGGAAGUCUUCUGCGCAGGGAGGGCGUGGGUAGCGGAGGACCAGUGCUCUCCCCGCUGGUGUCCGGUGAAGAGUCCUGGGAGCCCUCUCGCCGAUUCCCCAUCUGCCCCUCCUUAUUCCUGGUGUUGCACUGAAUUGCUUCCCCAUCUGCUGAGCUGCCUCUCUCCCUGCUGGGCCCUUCUCCAGCAUCAUUAGAGAGCCUUCCCUCCACCUCUAGCUCCGAUGUCAGUUCCCUGACAGUAUGGUUGGGUAGUGAGUUAAUAUUUGGCCUGUUCUUGAUGAAAUUGCAGUUUCCCUUAAGAGAAUUUGGUGGUGUUUUUUUAGGUCAAGCCUUGCUUAUAGGCACCCAAAUGAAGUCUGUAGGGUGGAAAGCUUUCUGCCUUCAGUUGGCGUGCUAGCUGCAGCCUCUCCGUGAUAACUAAAAUCUUGCCACAUUUAUCCAUGCCUUGUUGACAUCUCACAUUAGAUAUCUGCAAUGUGGCUAUACUUUAGGCUGCCUGUAUAAGAGUUUUCAGAAACUUGAACAGGUUCAGUGACCAGGUUACCGAUUGGAAAGUGCUGUGCUGAAUAUGUUUUUGCUGGAACCAAAAGAACUUUGCUGGCUUCUAGUAUGUUUUGGGGUGCAGUUCAAAGUGCAUUUUAGUGUCUGAAGCCCUAAACAGCCUCAGGGCAACUGUCUUCUCUUAUAUGCGUGUGCCUGUUUGCUUAGAUUAUCAACUGAGGCCCUGAUCCAGUUGCCUCCACCUUUGGAAGUUUGAUUUGCCUUGAAAAGACAAAUGACAGGGGCAGGGCCCUUUUUUUGAAGUGUGGCAGCUUGACUUUGGAGCUUUCUCCCUACACAUUUUUGCCUAGUACCUACUUAAAUGUCUUUUAGGUGUCUGGUGAAGGCUUUUUAAUGUACUUGAGUCUUCAACAUAUAUAUUAAUUGUACCAGCUUUUAGUAAGUACACAUUCUUCUGACUUUUCUUUUUCCUUGUAUAUUAGAUGGAUUUUGCUUAGUAUCUUAGUAUUAUAUUUUGUAUUAGUAUUUAAUCUUUUAUCUGAGUCACCUCAGAGAUAAGCAGAUGGAAUACAGUAGUUCUAAAUAAAAAAAUAACUAGAUGCUCAUAUGAUAUUCAACUAAGCAAUUGAUUGUCAUUUGUCUUUUCCAGGCAAAUCGAGUAAUAAAAAUUUCAUGAUCUGAAGACGAUACAGAGAGGUGUUGUGCUUCUGUUUCUAUUAUUAUGGGAUGCACUAUUGUUGCAAGGAACCAUGCAUUUUGACAGUUUCAUAGUCAGUUUUGUCUUUGGUGAAUGAUUUAAUCCCAAAUGGCAGACUGGUGGGCAUUUUAAGAACAGAUUGUUAACUAAAUACCAUGUAACUGCUUGGAUUUAUGGCUGUAAUCAGGACAGAGUGACAUCAGUGGAAGAUCUUUAGUGACCUGGAGAUUGUACUGAUGGUUAGGUAACAGAAAUGAAGGUUGCUACUUAAGUUUACAAGAUUUAUCAUUGUUAUUUAUUGUUCCGAUUACAUUGGGUGAUCUUUGUUUCCAAAUAAAGGCAAAUAAGGAACUGGUACACAGCAUAUUAUUUAGGCAUGCAUUUGACUGGCAUUAUUAUCGGCAUGUGAUUCAUUGCCAUCAUUCCCUCUCGCUACGACUUCCUGCAGAAGCCAAUCCAAAGCAGAAAUUGAUUAGAACUUGGUGGUGUAUUCAGUACUCACCUGUCACUGUGUACAGUAGUUCUUGCUCUAUAAAUACAACUGUAGGAUCAGAAAUAAUAGCAUACUGACCUCAAAUCAGGAUUUUCAUACGUUUGCCUUCCUUAUGACCUUAACGCCGUAGUUUGUGUUAAUGACGCUUGGCAAUCCUGAAAUUUAUAUCCUAUGAAUAAGCAGUGAUCAGUCUUUAUUAGCUUCGCAGUUUGUCGAAUACAUUAUAGUUCGUCUGAAUGUAGGCUUUCAGGUACUCUUUUAAAUAUUAAUGACUGGUCUCCAGUAGUCAGCAUAAAUAUGAUUUGCAUUAGCACGAGUCAUAGCGUAUUGAGUGCUUCUGAUGUCAACCAUUCAGUGUUCUAAUACCUGACAUCAUCUCCCGAGGUCACUACCAACUUUGACCUUUCUCCUUGUGCACAGUUUCUCCAGUCUCAGAAGCUCUUUUGAAUUGAUUUGAAAUUUUGACUCUUCCCUUUAUGAGGCAGUAAAAUUGAUAAUUAUUCAGAUGGGAACUGAGUGCUGAGUGAAAAAUCAAUUCCACCCGCUCUCUGCUGCGUAUAAAAUUACUUCUGACUCUGCUGGUCUAAACGAAUGGCCAAGGUAAAAGCAGCAGGCAGGGAUAGUAGAAAGAGUUAGCUGGACGGAGCUAAUAGCCUAAAGGGAUGGCUUUUUGAGAUGAGGGAGUGAGCCAGUUGGGGGCGGUUAUCAGCAAUGAUGGGACUCAUUGAUUAUAUGUUUACAUCAGGUUUCCAUUGGGUUAUAAAUCAGCCCUGAAUAGAAACAGAACCCAAGGACUUGAAUCUUACCAGAGGGACAAUGAAUUAGAUUAUUCUCAUUUUCACACUCAGAUGAAAAGUGAGCCAUUGAUUAUUCAUCGGCAGGCCAUUAAACCCUGGCUUUAGAGCUGAUUUGACUAUCAUGGCGGCUAAUGAACAAGACUGUUGCUUCACAACUAGAGGUUUCAGUUUUCUAGACAGCUGUGUCUUGUAAGUAAUGCCUAACCCUAUUAAAAGGAAGGGGGUUAUUACAAAUUGCUUAACAGUGCUAGAAAACUAGGCCCUAAUGACUAAUUGUACUGUGAGCUUAAAGAGGCUUGUCAGUUCUUUAAAGUGAUGCAAUGUAACAGAAUAUUUUCCCCUGUUCCUCUGUCCUGGCGGAAGCACUGUUUAUAUUGUGUUUCUUUUAAAAUAACGAAAGGAGCAUCCCUAAAUACGGGUGCAUAUCUGCACAAGCGUCAAAUAGAUAGGUAAAAGAAAGUUCUCUUGUUACUGAAGAAAUGGAAAUACAUUUUAACCAGCUAUAGCACGACAGUGGCUUUCCUGGAUGAGACGACAUUUAAGGUCCCUUCCAACAUUCUGGUUCUGUUUAACGAGAAAUGCUAUUUGCUGGUUCCAUAGAAUGAAUGCCAAACUGCUCCUUUAUUCAGCUGGCAUUGACCCGUUCCUAUGCCAUAUCAACUGUACCACCCAGGGGUGCCAACUUGAAUAAAAUAUUCUUUUGGGGGGGCCAAGUAAGCUCUGCUCCUCAUAAUUGAUCACAUGACAUGGUGCACAGACACAAGGCAAAUGGCAGCCUAGAGUUAGGGGGGGCUACAUGUCUUUUCUCGUGGCAUAAAGAGCCAGAGGAAAGAGUGGUCUUAUUCUUUAGAACCAUGAGAACAAUUUCAGCUGACCACCAUAGCACUGCACUGCUGUUUUGCUGUCCUCCUGACUACUGGGAUAUUAAAGAAGUAAUAGAUGAGGAGGAUGUGCUGUGCUGGCAGCAGGGAUAUGAGAGAGGGAAGAUUAGAGGAUGAAAGACCAUUGUAAAACUAUUCAGAUUAUUGUAAGCGUACGUAUAAUGUAGUAAAGCAUGCCAUCUGCUUAUCUCCAUCUGAAACCACAUGCAUAUGUUAAGAUUCAAAUAUAUGUUGGCCCUGUGAGAUAAAGGCCUCGUAACUUCAUAAAACAUCUGAACACAUAGCAAAGAGCAGACUAUCCAAGUGCUUCACUGCUUGGCUUGAUUGGGUUAUACAAUAAACAGGACCUCUGCUAAAGCCUUGAGGGGUAGGAAUAAUAAUAUUGUGGAUAUAGUCAGAGGCAUUUAAAACAUAUAGUCUUAUUAAGAGUAUUAGAAGUUCAGUGAAAGGCAUUUAUUUAAUUAUGUCUCAGAAUGAAAACUACUUCUGUGAGUGUAUAUCAGAUAGUUUAGACCUGGAGCAAUGAUCUUUAAGAGGUUUUAGCUCUCUCAGUUGCCUGAUCUUGCCUGCUGAAGAAAUGAAAUAGAAAUUUGUGUAGAAUGCAAAUGGAGUUGCCCUUGCUCACAUAAGUGAAACUGCUCUAGAAACGUGGAAUGUAAGAAGCCCAAUUAUGCAUAAUUUCUUUUUUUUAUUAUAUGAUUGGGUGUUGUUUUAUAUUCCUAACCAGUAUCACUUCUAAGCUUUAAUACAGUCUUGUUCAACGUAGUAAAAUGCAUCCUCUUUAAAUAUCUGUGUGCUUGCUUUUUCUUUUACUACAAAUUACAAAUGCAGCUAUUCUGUCCUUGCUAAGAUUAAACAAAGCCAACACCCUUCCCCAACUGUUUUUUUAAAGUGUUGCAUUUAAUUAACUAAUGUUUGAAUCGCAUACAUAAGCUGUAACUUAACAACUUGCUCCAACGUAAAUAGAAGUUAUGUUAAUACGUUUUCUGCAGUUCAUAAAUCAAUAGAAGUUUCCGUUCUUCAGUGCUGGUUAUGUUGUUCACCCCAAAGUUAACCACAGCCCCUAGAGGGAAUAGUCUGUCCUUCCUAUGGGGGGCCCAUGUGUAACUUGCAGUAGAUAUUCAGUGCUGCGCUACCUUCUUCAUAUUUAAAAUUCUGAUUGCUUUUCUUGGUAUUAAGCAGUGGGAGAAGCAGCAGCGUGCCUAGUAGUUUAGAAAAGGAUUUAAAAUUAGUCUGCUUCACAGGGGGAUCGGGGUAAAAUACGCCAUUAAUAAAAUGCCUUAAUGUUUCAUGCUAGUGUUUUUCACAAUAAGUAAAAAAGCAAAAGUCUGAUCACCCCUGUUCACGUUUGGAUGAAUGUUCUCAGCACUGUAUAGCACGUUACCUUUUUGAUUCUACCUUUUCAGGUGGCAUCUCAGUCAUUUUUAUAGCAACUAGAAUACUAUGUGGACAAUACUAUAGCCUUACUAUGAAGUGUGGGGUGGGGUGGGUGUAACACAAGAAGAGGAUUUGUUUAAACAAAUGUGUGUGUGCCUUUUCUCUUUCUCAAGGGAGGGGAGUGUAACCCAGGGGAGGGAGGAAAAAAGCAACCGGAGAGGGCGAUGCCCCCAUCCCACUCUGUCAAAAUUAAAUGUACCCUCAGGCCCCAAACAAUGGGCAACCACUCAUAUCUGGAUUCAGGAUUUUAGCAUAUUUUAAGGAUAUGAUCCAAUAAGCAUCAUAACUUUUUCUUAAUUGAAAGAAAUAUAACAGCUGUAGAGAUGUGGGUGGUUAAGGAACAGGAAAAGAUACUUUAUUGAAUGAGCCAAAAUUCAAUCUCAAAGCCACUUAUUGAACUAUUGACAUAAAUUUAGGCAUUUCAGCAUUGAUUGAUAGUUUAAUAUAAAUAAUUUCAUGAAUUUGGGGGGAGGAACUGGAUGUGCCUUAAAAUAUAUUAACUUUUUAUUCUGUCAGACGUAUAAUACAUUUAUUAAUUACUCUGCCUUUGUGCUCGUGUAACUUUUAUCAACAAAAUAAUUGCCUUCUCAUCUUAAGGCAGAGUAAUUCAAUAAGCAAAACAAUAUUUCAUAAUGGUGUGACGGUGUCAGCAGCUUUGAUAAAAGCACAAUGCAGGUAUAAUUCCACCUGUACAGAAUGCUGUGCUUACAAUUCUCUGUGUAAAAUUAUAAAAUGAAGGAGGGGACCCCACUAAACCUUUAGUCCAUCGUUUUGCAUCUUGCAUAACUUUCCCACUUUUAAUCCGAAGCUUGCUACUUUAUAGUUCUUCAAAGCAGUUGUACUUUAAGAGUGCAAUCUCUUUGUAAAACAAAACAGUCAAAUCGAGCAAGAAUGACUUCCCUGAUCACAAAGCUUGUUAAGCGCUUAACAAUACAGUGUGCUACUUUGGUGUGCAUGGAAGUUUAGCUUCGUAAAGUAACAAGUAUCGCCUAGUCCAUGGAUGGAGACAAAAAGGCUGCAAUUUGGCUUUCAGAAAAAAUUGCUGGAGGUGUUGAUGGUAGAGGUGUACCCUAAGGCUAGGCAGCUGGUGUAUAUAUGCUUUUUGUUUAUCCGUUUCUGGUUUAUGUACCCUUUAGGCCAACAGAUGAAACAAUUGCUCCUACAGGGUCAGCUGCUGGUCAGAGGCAAAGUAAGAAAAGGCUUUGCGUUCAAACACGUCAGCCAUCGUUUUAGCGCAGCUGGCACCUGCUACUGGUUCACAGCAGGAGGGUUAAAGGUCAAAGAGGCAGUUGUUCUAAACUCAGUGAUGGCUUAAAGGGACUUGUAGAUUAAUCUGCUUUAUUAACUUCCGUAUAUUAGAUAACUAUUGCAGUGAAUGAAAGCAUGUCUUUCUGAAUAAGUACCAUCACCUCUUUCCCUUUUAAAUUGGCUUUUGAGUAAUGAAUAUUAAAUAGAAUGCGUUUCAGGGGUAAUUAAAUGAAAACAUUAGGAUGCUGGUGUUUGCAUCUUAUUUGAAACUUUGUUGCAUAUUUAUAAAGCACGGCUUACCUUUAUAUUUUGAGGAAAAACAAAUAACCGGGGUGUUUUGAAUUACAAAUGAAAUCUCUCAUGCUUACUGAACAAUUGUAAUUUUCUAGGCAAACCUCCUUUAAAACAGCAGCAAACACGGAACAAUCUUUAAAAAUAUUUGUAUCAGAAUUUGCCCACUUCUUUGCAGUUGUCUGACUUUGUUACUUUUUGAUUCAGAAGUCGUACAAAAUGUUUUGGUUAUGUUUUCCGCAUAAAACGGAUGUUGCCAAAUGGCAGGAUGUAACCAUUUGAUUGAAAGCUGGCCUCGCCCUUCUUCCUAUGUUUUACAUUUUUAUUUUAGGAUAAAAUGAAAUAGUAAGUGUUGCAGAAACAUUUGCACAUCUGUCUAUUUGAAUGUCCCAGUGGUUGUAGUCAGAGCUUCUUGGUAUGUCUCUGAAUGCGUGUUACAGGGAAACGAACGACCAUGGGGAAAGCCGUUGCCCGCAUUCCUGGCUGCCUCUUAUCGACUGCUGUUGAAAACACAGUGUUGAACUAGAUCGGCCAUUGGCAUGAUCCAGUAGACCCCGUUCUAAUGAUGGGAUGGCAACAUGGGCGGGGGGGUCACGCAUAGCCAAGUCGCUCAGUGUUCUUUAUGACUGAAUGGGGAUUGAACUCAAAUCCACCUAAUCUGUCUAAACAUUCUGGCCCAGCAAUGGUUAGUUUUUGGCCUUCCAAAUGUUGCUCAACUACAACUCCCAUCUUCCCUAUGCUGAUUGGGUCUGAUGAAGUACAAUAAGGUGUGGGGGGGUAGCGGGUUAGCCACCCAGUUCUAGGCACCAUACUGCACUGGGGAUCUCUCACAUCAGAUGUACGGUAUGUAUUUAAAAAUAAAUAAAUUCCCAUACUGCCCUUCAUUUGAUGGUUUACGAUAUAAGGCCACAAAAAUACAUAAUGUAGUAAUAAACAAAAACAAUAGUCCCCCCCCCAAAAAAAAUUAAAAGGCCAUCUUCAAAUCUGUUUAAAAUAUAGUUCUCAGUCAAGAAUCAAAGUUCAUUUAUUUCCAGGUUUUAGGGGCAUAUCUUUUGUUCUAUUUCCUGGUUCUUCUGAGCUCGCAUGGCAUCGACUUCAUAUUGCCCAAAUUGUGGAUCUUGAGCUGACUUCUUUGAAAACAGCGAUAAUCUUUGGUGAAAAUUUGGUUCCAUAGAUCAUAGGUGUCUCUACAUGCAAUUGAGUUGGCUCUUUGCUUACCUCAAAUAUUCUACUAGAGAAGAGGUCUCUGCUGGUUUAUUAUGGUUAGAGCUUUUGCGAUUUGUGCUGCCAUUUAAGCAGCACAAAUAGUGCUCUUUAGUUGGUUAGUUAUUGAUGUACUCAGAUUAAUGCUACCGAAAGAAAACCAAUUAACUUCUUUUUGGCAUAAAGAGCAAUAUUCCAGUCUGUAAUAAAUAUUCCAGUGAACAUUGGUUAACCAGAGGAAUCCAAAGAGACUGAUACAGAAGCAGUAUUAAGUAGGAGAAGCAAUAUUCAAGGAUGUUGUUUUUAAUAAUCCCAGAAUGUAUCCUGCUACUUCUAGCUUUGAUGGGUGGUGGUUGUGAGAAAUUAUAUUAAUUGUAAAAGACUCUUGAUUACUUUUUAUAAUGCAGUAAGGGAAGACCUGUUGCCACUCAGUAAUUCCAAUCAUUUGGAAUAGCUACUGUUAGUAUUCAAUUUCCCACCCGUCAUUUUAUAAGAAUGUGCUUUCAAAUUAUCAUUUGUUCCAAAUGCGAAUAGUUGCAAGUAACAAAUUGUUCCAUAAAAUUUAGGAUCAGUUUGUGAACCACUUGAGAACAAAGAGGAUUAAAGAAGUUUAUAUACGUAUACAAGCUGUUCCAGCAUGUCUCUUUAAUGCUUUGCCAAACACACAAAUAAGCCAAUCUUCUAGAAUAAUUUGUGGUUCUCUUUGGGUUAAACCACAGAGCCUAGGACUUGCCGAUCAGAAGGUCGGCGGUUCAAAUCCCCGCGACGGGGUGAGCUCCCGCUGCUCGGUCCCUGCUCCUGGCAACCUAGCAGUUCGAAAGCACGUCAAAGUGCAAGUAGAUAAAUAGGUACCGCUCCGGCGGAAAGGUAAAUGGCGUUUCCGUGCGCUGCUCUGGUUUGCCAGAAGCAGCUUAGUCAUGCCAGCCACAUGACCCAGAAGCUGUACGCCGGCUCCCUUAGCCAAUAAAGCGAGAUGAGCGCCGCAACCCCAGAGCCGGCCACGACUGGACCUAAUGGUCAGGGGUCCCUUUACCUUUAUAUCAUAGAACCAUAGAGUUGGAAGGGACCCUGAGGAUCAUCUAUUCCAACCCCAUGCAAUGCAGGAAUAUGCAGUUGUCCCAAACGGGGAUCAAACCUGCAACCUUGAAAGUAUCAGCAUCACACUCUAACCAACUGCGCUAUCUAGGUAGAAGUUCUGUUAGGCUAAGAGUCGCACCUUUCUUUUUACCCAAGGCACUAACAUUCUUUUGAGCUUUAGUCUUUAUCUUACCCUUAUAAACGUUGCUGUGUCUUUCAAAACCCUUUCUCUAAACAUCAAGCCAUUAUUCUUGAUAGUUCAUGACCAGUGUCCUUUUCAUCUCUUCCCGGUCUGCGCUGGAAUGCAGGUUUUGGCAAACAAUUGUGCAAUACCGAUUGUAUACAGUAUAUCGAUUUUGUGUACUUUGCCUAUCAUGAUUUCAGGAGCAGGGUUGCUUUUUGUUGAUACCCAUUAGGAGUCAAUGCAAAAUAAACAUCCUUUUUCCAAAAAAAAGGAAGUAUUCUUCAGCAUGCUCUUCUGUCACUUUCCCCCACCCCGCUUUGCAAAACUACCUUCUGGUUUCAGCAUCUUGUGGAAGAGGAAUGACUCUCAAAGCAGUGUCUGUUUGAUCACCAUAGAAUAGAAAGGAAGAUAUUUUGCAAUGAUCAAGCACUGGGAAGAAAUGGCGCAGAGUUUAUGUCCCAAUGAUUUAAGUAUAAAACAGACACCGAAGGUUCCAGCAACAGUUUAGGGCCAGAUGUGGAGGGCUGGUAGGCUAAAAGCUAGCUUUGCAAUCGUAGACUCUUGCCAAGGCCAUUGGUGGAGGAAGCAUAUGACACAGCUAUUAAGAGGAUCAGGCUGUCUGCGCCUUUCUUCUCUCAAGAGGCACUUGUAAUGGAUGCUAUUUUCUCCCCUCAUUAAUCAUGUGGUAGUGAUUGUUCAAAGAGGAGCUGUUAUCCAAUCCCAAUAGUGGAAAUUUAGUGCAAAUAUGGUAACAUGUGGAGCGUUUGUUCUACGAAGGGCCUGCGUUAGCAUUGCCAAAAGGAGAAAUAUGUUUGAUUAAGUGCUUAAAGAGCUCAUCGUAAUUUCCAAACGGUCCAUACUGCAAUAUGAUAUACUCUAACUGGAAGGGACUCUUAACUCUAAUGAGUUUGCUAGUUGAAGAAUGCCAAGCUUCAUCCAAAUGAGCAACUCACAAAUUCUUUUUUUGUGAGCGAUAAGUUAUUCAAGCCUUGAGGAAGAAAAAUCUGCACAUCCAAAAGCCCAGAUGGGAAGAUACAAGGGUGCUUGAGUUUGAAAACAUCUGUUGGGUGCAUCACACACCCAAAUAUAAAGCAGCCUGGAAAUGACACAGCACACAAUAGAGAGCUGACAAGGAAUUCAAUGUAGACAAGAACAAGAGAUGCCUCUUCUGAUUAUGUUUCUGCUUGUAAGUGCAGCAUGUCAGCCACACACCACCUAUUUAACCUGCAGGAAAAUAAAUCUCUAGCAACCCAAACUGUUGUGCUAACGGUGCAGCCAUUUUGAUGUUAACAAAGCCUCUCCUCCUUCCGGAGGGGAGGGGUUGUGAGCGGGACCAGAUCCUCGCGUCUGCCCCCUGCUGGCGCGCCACGCCUCCCAGCUGGGCACCCAAUCGGGAGACACUGCGGGGGCGUGGUUUAGCCGCUCAAAUGCGGCCGCGGCGGUUAGGCAUUGGAAUGUGUUGUUGGUGUAUGGAAGGGCAAGGUGUGGCCAUCGCCUACCCCUUCACUUAUGGGUAUUCCGUUAAAGGAAUCCGGCGGUCGUGGAUCCUGUCCGAUGCCCUGUGUGGCGGGGGGCCAUGACACGACCCCCGGUGGCAUCAGGGGAGAGCUUAUAGUUGUAUUGGCAUCAACAGGCUCCUCCUACUGGUGGUUAACCCCUCGUCAGACUCACCCCUCUCUGAGUGGGUGGAGUCAAAUUUCCUCUAUUCCAAUGCCUAAGCCAAUACCUUUUCACAUGCUGUAAUCAAUAAAGUUGUGGCCGUUUCUACCCCAUUAACCUAAUAUACUGUGUCCACGUGUCUUUAUUAACCCAAAGCGGGGGACGGGUACUCGAAUCACAACUGGACCUUCCAUCUCCCUGUUUUACGAGUGAACCAGGCAGACACAUGAGCCACAAACAUGGCUGCUGUUGUCGCAUCCAGCUGGGCUGCAUGUCAGAUACAUUGCCCUUCACCGGUACUUGCUUUUAAUAGCAUUGAUGUCAACAUAUUGGAAAUCUGCAAAUCAAACUGAAAGUGCUUAAAAUUGAUGUUUUGAAUCAACAUUGUUUUUAGGGUGAGGCAUUAGACUGGCACAUUUGCAGUCAAGCUGCUUCCUGUCUUCCCAUUACUGUUGUAUUUACUUUCAGAUAAAAUGUAGACAUCAACUUUAUUAUCUUGUCAGCAGUUUGGAAGGCAUUUUGCCAGUUGUCAAAAGUUUCAGCAGCAGUAAACCGUAAGAUAGGAUGAGAUACUAGCUUUUUAAUUGGUGUGGAACUGUUAUUACAUGAUGUUAAUAGAUACCGCAGGUGUAAGAAACGCUUGAGCUCUUAUUCAAAAUGUCUUCCUAAAUAAAGAAAGAAACACCUGUGAAACUGAAUUUGUUUUUUCCCUUCAGCAGGGUCACUUCCUGUGGUUAAACUGUGCCAUUCAUAAUGUAUUUUGGGUUGUCUUAACUUAAUUUCCACACACUUGAUAUGAAGGUGAGAGCUUUCGUUCUUCGUUUCCCAAGAUUCACAGGAUUUCAAGUUACCCUACCACUUUGAAAAGUGAUUGAUUAUAUAGAAAGAGUAUUGGCCUUGUUGCAAUCUAAAAUUCCAUUCCAUCUGUGAUCCCUUUGUCCAGAUACAACUGAAUAGGUGGUCCAACAAUGACAGCAAAUAGGUCGUAAGACAUAAGAAACAUUCUCCAAGAACUAAAAUUACAUACAGAUUCCAUAUGUACAUUAUCAAAUCCAUCUAGCUCAGUGAUUUUUCAACCUUUCUUAUCCAUUGUCCCAUUUUAGCGAACAUAAAAAUCCCAUGCCUCUCCGGCUCUCCUAAUUAUUUUAUUUGAACUUUCAAAUGGAUUGAAAUUUUUAUGACUUAAUUUUAUACUUAUAUUGUACUUUUUCUUUUCUUUUUUACACUCAUCCCCCUCCCCCCAGAUCUUCCCUGCUUUGGAAACACUACUCUAGCCCAUUAUUUUCUGCUGCGACAGGCACCAGCUUUCCAAAGCCUAGGGCAAGAUGAAUCUUUCGCAACCGUGCUAUCUGAAAUCCUUCUUUAAAAAAACAAAACCUGGAGCAGCCAGGGUUUUGCACUUGGACCUUCUGUAUGCAAAACAUUUGCAUGUUUUGUGAUUUUUCCUGACUUUACUCAGAUUGCUAGAUCUUCUUUUACAGCCUUGGUUGGAGGGCGGAGAGUUUUAGAAGGCCGCAUUCAUCGUGAGAAUUUGUCACUGUUUAUUACAUGAAUUGUGCACAUCAGAGCACAUUGCACUGUUUCCUGCUUUUCCUCAUACAGUGGUACCUCGGGUUAAGUACUUAAUUCGUUCCGGAGGUCCGUACUUAACCUGAAACUGUUCUUAACCUGAAGCACCACUUUAGCUAAUGGGAUUCAGGUUAAGAACUUUGCUUCAGGAUGAGAACAGAAAUCGUGCUCCAACGACGCGGCGGGAGCAGGAGGCCCCAUUAGAUAAGUGGUGCUUCAGAUUAAGAACAGUUUCAGGUUAAGAAUGGACCUCCGGAACGAAAUAAGUACUUAACCUGAGGUACCACUGAACAGUACUUGUUUCUGCUUCUGCACCUUAUUUUGACAUUUCCCAUAGGAACUUUAUUCCCUGUGUUUAUGUUGUUUAUGUGAGAAUACUGAAACAGUUAUGCAGUACUCAAAUUAGGGUGGAGGUUGUUGUUGUUGUUUAGUCGUUUAGUCGUGUCCAACUCUUCGUAACCCCAUUGACCAGAGCAUGCCAGGCACUCCUGUCUUCCACUGCCUCCCGCAGUUUGGUCAAACUCACUGGUAGCUUCGAGAACACUGCCCAUCCAUCUCAUCCUCUGUCGUCCCCUUCUCCUUGUGCCCUCCAUCUUUCCCAACAUCAGGGUCUUUCCCAGGGAGUCUUCUCUUCUCAUGAGGUGGCCAAAGUAUUGGAGCCUCAGCUUCAGGAUCUGUCCUUCCAGUGAGCACUCAGGGCUGAUUUCCUUAAGAAUAGAUAGGUUUGAUCUUCUUGCAGUCCAUGGGACUCUCAAGAGUCUCCUCCAGCACCAGAAUUCAAAAGCACCAAUUCUUUGGCGAUCAGCCUUCUUGAUGGUCCAGCUCUCACUUCCAUACAUCACUACUGGGAAAACCAUAGCUUUUACUAUAGGAGAGCCCUUUAGGAAAUACACAAGCCCUGCCCCUUUGACUCUCCCCAAUUCUAGCCAGACCAUGCCUUCCCUCUCUUCUUCUCCUACUGCAAAACUAUGUGUUGGCUCACUGAGCUUUGGGUUCUGAUAUGCACAUGGGGACACAUGGGAGCCGCACAUAGUACAACACCUAUUUACAAUUCCUCUUUCAGCUAGCAUUAUGCACACAGAGCUCUGGACUAGGUGAUAAUUUUUGUUCUAAAUUUAUUCUGCUGCUGUUAAACUGAUGUACGGAACUUCUGCGCAGUUGUAAAAAGACGUGGCAUUUAGGAGAUUGCAUACCCCUGCAUUGAAUUGAGUUAUGAAACCAUCCAGGGGAGAUAUUUAUAUCAGUGCUAUGAAGACUUUGAUUUAAAAACAGCAAUUUGAUAAUGUUAAACUGAAAUAAUUGUAAUUUAAUUGUAAUAUAAAAUAUAAGAUUAAUAUACUGCAAUAGAAGCCCCAUUUGAUUUCUGUUUGUUUGGUUGCAGUAUGAAGGGAAUUGCUAUGUUUUAUUUGCAUAUCUUAUGUUUUCUGCUAAUGACUUUUAGCUUUUUCUUUCAUUGUAUCAUAUUGCUCAGGUGUAAGUUUAUUUUACUAGAAAUGUUGGAGGAAGUGACUUUUUUCUGGAACCACUGUCAGUCCAGAGAGCAAGCGUUAUCUCUGAAUCAUGCAUGUGUAAUGAGAACAGGCAAUAAAUUCAAAUGUUCUUUUUCUUUCAAGCUUUCCCACUUGUGAGUUGUUCAAAAGCCCUUUAUCAUUGUUGCAUUCCUUUGAAUGUGUGGGUAUCCUUUUUAAAAUAUUGUGUUCAAAACUAGAUAUGACGCACACAGUUUCCUCUCCUUCUGAGGCCUAACCUCCCACAUCCUACAUACAAUACUUCGGAAAGCAAACUAAAACAGGCUUUAUUUCCUUUCCCUUGUCCUAUUGAACUUCACCUUGUGGCCCAGUGUAAAGCCAGGUGGCAGAUUAUAAUCAAAAUGUAAAUGUUAAAAAUAACCCUCCUUGCUAAAAGCACAAAAAUGGUGUGUGUUUUUUUACAUUUGACUUUAUUGAGUGUUGUUUCUACAAUAUAGUGUCCCACUUGGUUUCAGGGUUGUUUUAAACUGUAUUCAUCUCCUCUCCAUUGAUUGCUAUUCUUUCUAAGAUUGUAACAUCUGUAUUUUUCAUGAGCAUUUCAGUCACUUCAUCACCAACAUCAGCAGACCACACCGGAGUAACACCUUCUCUCUGCUUUGGGUGCAGCUUUCCUUUUUUUUUUUUUUUUUUAAAUCAUAUUUAUUAAAGUUUCCAAAAAUAUAAAAGUACAAAGAAAAAAGACAAAGGAAAGAGGAUAUUUAAAAACCUUACUUUCAUUCCCUACUUUCUGGAACUCCCCCCCCCCAAUUGUAUUCCCCUUCCUUAAUUUGGUUCUACAAGCUCUCACUCCCAAAUUUAAAGCUUAAUUUGUAUUACCCACUAUCCAAAUUGAAUUGUACAAAUCUUACCACCGUCCCACAUCAUUAACAGAAAAAGAAAAAGAUUUUCCCCAAGAUCCACCCCAGUUCCUUCCACAAAUUCCCUUUUUUAAACACGUCCGAUCAAAGUAAAAUAACAUGCGUAAGUUAUGUAAAGAAAUAGAAAAUAAGAGAUAUAGAAAAGUUCAAAAAUGGUUACACAGCCUUUGGAUUUCAAAUCUCCCCCUUCCCCGGUUUGAAUUCCCCAUGGCCAUCAGUAUAUACAUUAUCAGCUUGGAAGUCUCAUUUCAUGACCAGAUUUCUCCCGAUUCCAUCUUGCCGGUUUUCUUUAGUUUAUUAAUUUAAAUAAUAUUUGACUUCAAAUGUCCAAUCUAACAAAGGCCUUUAAUUUCCUUGAUCUUUACCACUCCUCCCGUUGUUCUUUCCGUGUCGUAAUCAGUCCUUUAUUCUUCUUAUUCCUCACUUUCUCAGGUUUCUUGUCCUGUUCAGCUGCUAAAACUUUCUAAUUCAGAAAUCUAGUGUCUCUGCAGAGGUUUGUUAUUCAGGAACAAAACUUACGUCCAGUCCCUUUCUUUCUUCAAUAAAAAUUCCAUUGUCUUCCUCUGUAGACAAAAUACUCUUUCAGUUUUGCAGCUUUCCCAGAAGAUAACAAAUCCUGUGCGAAUCCCAGGGUAUUUUUCCACUUACGACCGUUCUUGUAGUAUCCUGAAACCCCUCUAGGGGGAUUGUAAUAACUUUGUAUCCUCUAAUCCAAAAGUCAAAUUGUUGCUUAUUUUCCAACAGUUUAUAUCCAUAUUAUAGCAAAUUGUAGCAAAAUUUACCAGCAAGGUCCUCAUAAAGUCCUCUUUAUAUUCUCCAGCUUUGACAGCCACUUUGACAGCUGUCAAAGUCUCCGUCUCUCUUCACCAGGCUCCACGAAUCGCCCCGGUUCCCAGAGGGGGGGUUGCAUUUUUCUUCUCACCCUCCACUCUUCUCCUCCAGCACAUUUCUUAUAAUUUCCCAUCGUGAAAUUAAUGAUUUUUAUCAGAGACAUACUUCCCUUUGGACCUUGGUUACCCAGUCCUUGUUUUGGAAUGCUUACAAUAGGGGGAUUGACUUCCUUUUAAAUCGCCCCGCUCGUGCCAAAUCCAAAAUUUUGAACCCGGUUUCCCAAUUACUCACGGGUUGGUGUUAAUAGUCCAAAUUUUCAAUAGAAGAAGUCAGCGCUCUCCGUCGAAUGGCAUGCGGCUGCGCUCGGGGGGGAGAGCAGUGGGCUCAAGCACCACGCCACUCCCCGGCACUCCGAUCCGAAGCCUUUAAAAAGGCUCCUUCACGAGUCGGGAGGGCGCUAAUGGUGCAAGCCGAGUCACCCAUGUCCACGGACUCCGUGCCCGUGGUUUUUAAGGGUCCCCGCGUCGCCGGCGCGGUAGGACCCAGCCCCUGCCGAGCAGACUCCCUCCGGAGCUCGGAGGGAGUCCGCCAUUCGGCGAUGGCGCUAACCCGGAAGUCUGUGGGUGCAGCUUUCCAUCCAGUUCAGUAACCACCUGGCUUAGGUCCAACUCGCACCAAAUGCGCCUUGCUUUAAAUAGUUGCUGUUUAAAUGAGAUCUUGCCUACUUAGUGACACACAGAAUCUGUGCCACCAAGACCACCAGCCAGCAACAUUGCGUUCAGCUUCUAACAAAGAGCAAUAUGGUUUAAUUCCCCAAAACAAAUCUUGUACAUUAUACUCUCCGCCUCUCCUAGGUAUAUUGCAGUUUCUGUGCAACCCAUGCUCUUGUUGCAUCAGACCAUUGUAGAGAUGGAAAGCACAGGCAAAACUAGAUGUCUGUGUGCGUGUUGUACCAGGUAUUCAUGCAGAACCAUUUUGUAUUUGCAAGUUAUUUGGCAAGUUUGCAAGUUAUUUGGCAAGAGUUGGAGCCAGUGUGGUGUAGUGGUUAAGAGCGGUAGACUUGUAAUCUGGGGAACCGGGUUCGCGUCUCCGCUCCUCCACAUGCAGCUGCUGGGUGACCUUGGGCCAGUCACACUUCUCCAAAGUCUCUCAGCCCCACUCCCCUCAGAGAGUGUUUGUUGUGGGGGAGGAAGGGUAAGAAGAAUGUUAGCCGCUUUCAGACUCCUUCGGGUAAUGAUAAAGCGGGAUAUCAAAUCCAAACUCUUCUUCUUCAUCUAAUGCUGCAGACACUGGAUGUUCUGCUCAGAAAGCAGUUGUGGGACCUAAACCAAAUCAUUAAACCCAGCAUUGUCUUCUCUAACUACCAUCAAGGAGACCAGGGUUCUUUUCUGACAUCUGCUGUCAGAGAUUUUUUUAAGUGAAACUGUUAUGGGCCCUUGGGCCUGCAAGCAGACGCUCUACUUCAGUCAGCCAGCUUCCGACGUCCAGUAAUUUUGAUAUCAUGUGCAGAUUCUUUUAGUUUCCCAUGGAACAGCAUUGUGGUGGUGGUGGUGUUUAGGACAGCCUUUCUCUCUUUUUUUCCAAAUUUUUAAAUUAGUUUUCCAAAUUUAUAACAAAUUUUAUUAGUUUUCCAAAUUUAUAACAAAUAUAACACACACAAAAUAACAAAAAUCCUAGGCCAAUUUGGUACUUGCAAGUAUUUCCACUUAUGUUAUAUUAUAAUAAUUAGCUAAAUAUUCCUUAAAUUUCUUCCAAUCUUCUUGAUGUUCCUCCUCUUUCUGAUCGUGGAUUCAGCCAGCUCCAAAAAGUCCAACAUCUUCAUCUGCCAAUCUUCCAUUGUUGGUAUUUCAUCUGAUUUCCAAUUUUUGGCUAGUAAAAUUCUAGUAAAAUUCUCGCUGCAGUUGUGGCAUACAAAAACAAUCUAACAUCUUUUUGGGGCAAUUCCAUUCCUAUUAUUCCAAGCAGAAAGGCUUCUGGUUUCUUAAUAAAUGUAUAUUUCAACAUUUUUUCCAGUUCAUUAUAUAUCUUUUCCCAGAAGUCUUUCACCUUAGGACACGUCCACCACAUGUGGUCAAAGGUACCUUCUUUUUCUUAGGACAGCCUUUCUCAACCUUGACUCCUCAGAUGUUGUUGGACUACAACUCCCAUCAUCCCUGACCACUGGCCGUGCUAAUUAGGGAUGAUGGGAGUUUUAGUCCAACCCAAAGCUGAGAAAGGCCUAGUUUAGGAGGACGUGUGCGUGAAUAGAUAGAUUAGAUUUCCAGCUCAUUUUGAAUCAUCUUUUUAACCCGUAUGCCUGAGUAAUAGUUAGUCAUCUAUGUGUGCUGACAGCAAUGAAAGGAGGCCAAAGUUGUACUCCCCAUUGCACUACUAGUGAUGAAGCUUUGACAAUGUCCUUGUUCUGAGUAAUUUGUAGGGCCUGGAUAAUCUCUUUCAUUUAGUGAAACAAGUUGUUUGACUUUUUCUUGGGCAGUUAUUACAAUCUGGCUUGCAGUGUAUGUCAGGUCUCGGGGGACUCCCCUCACUGCUACUCGUUGGUUUUGAAAAAAUAAUCGAAGGAUUUUCCUUGUGUUUGAUGCUGGGGUGAGGAUUUUUUUAGUUAUUUUGUUACAGCAAUGGACUACUUUUUCCUCACCAGAUUUUACAAACGUUGAACUCCAAAACUACUUGGGCGCUACCUGAUGUUUGUGUUCUGGACGCUAUAAACUAUGAAAUGUCUUGCUUACUUUGAUUUUUUCACUAUCUAUAAAGCUCACGAUAGUGUGUCCCCAAACAAAAAUUGUUCAUUCUCAGAAGAGACCAGGAAGCUCUCUGCAACAUCUCAAUUAUCUGAAGGCCAGCAUAAAUUCCUUCCAUCUCACUACAGAAAUCUGCUUUUGGAAAUACGGCUCUGUGGCUUUGCAUCCUCCAUAAUGGCACGCUUGAAUUUCAUUAAUAUCCUGUAUUUUCAUGGGAAAUGUCCCCCAUGAAAUUCUUCCCUUAAUUUAGCGUUCUGUCACUAUGUAAAUUUCUCUUUGCGUUCCUUCUCCUUUAUAAUAUCCAUUGUUAUAUUUCAAUCCUUACCUUACUGGUGGAAUUGAAAUUUUUAAUAAAUAAAUAAGACCCUGUGCUGCCCCAGAGGGCAGAACUAGAUCUAAUUAUCUUUAAUUACAGCAGGAUGGGUUUCAGCUGAACAUCGGGAGACAUUUCUUGAUAAGAAGAUCAGUUUGACAGUGAAACCAAUUACCUAGAGGUUUUUGGACUACAAUUCCCAUCAUCCCUGAGCACUGGUCUUGCUAGCUAGGGAUGAUAGGAGUUGUAGUCCCCAAAAAAACUGGAGAUCCAAGUUUGGGAAACUCUAACCUAAAGGGGUGAUGCUCUCUCCCUCAUUGGAGGUCUUCAAUCAGUAGCUGUCCAGAGGCUCUAGAUUAUCUCCAUCAAGCGAGGGGUUUGACAAGUUUGCAUUAAGGUCUGCAUUCAAAACAGGUGGACACAAGUCUACCCUUAAUUUUUUUUCUUCUGUUUUCUCUCCUCUUCCUCCUUCUGCUGUUUUUAUAAUAAGCUACGGAUAAGGUUGCUAUUUGGGAAUCAAAGGAAAUAAUUAGUAUAUUGCAUAAGUUAAUUUGUAUUUAAAAAAUAGCUUGUCUGGUUAAAAUACCCAUGCCAUGUCAAAAGUAACUUCUGCAAUACUUGAAAUUCUAUUUAUUCUGUUCAUUUAUUUUGGAGCUGGGAUUAGUCAUGCAUGGUGGUAUAUUCACCAAUUACCGGUACACUUUUGGUCAUUUUCUUUCUUUUCAGAUGAUGUCAAUUCUCAUGAACACCAUAAUUUUUGAGGACUGCAGAAACCAGUGGUCAGUCUCGAGACCCCUCUUGGGCCUUAUACUUCUCAAUGAGAAAGUAAGUAUUCCAGAACUAGGGCAUUCAUUCAGAUUAAAAAUGAGACAAGUCAGUGUUAGUAUUGACAAGCUGCUAUUCACAGUCCAUUGCUGAUUGUAAUAGAAUGAGGAGAGGGAAGAAAUAAGUAUCUUGGAUGAGGCAGAGGUGUUUGGAGACACUUCAUGUUGCAAAAAGAAACCCUAUAUUCUUUGCAUAACAAGAAUGAAUCUCCUCUACAUUCCCAAACCAUUAUGUAGCUCAUGUCUCUAGCCCUGGUCAACCUCAGCAGCCUAAUUUAGGACAUUCUCCCUUAAAUGCAUGGUGGCAUACAGGAGUAUGGAGGAUUGAGACUAGAUAAUGAUGCCCCACAACCCCCUCUGCAGAUUCUUUCAGUGUGUGAGGUAGAGGUAAAGGACCCCUGGACGGUUAAGUCCAGUCAAAGGUGACUAUGGGGUUGCGGCGCUCAUUUCACUUUCAGGCUGAGGGAGCCGGCGUUUGUCCACAGACAGCUUUCCGGGUCAAGUGGCCAGCAUGACUAAACCGCUUCUGGCGCAGUGGGACACCAUGACAGAAGGUAAAUGCCGUUUACCUUCCUGCCACAGCGGUACCUAUUUAUCUACUUGCACUGGUGUGCUUUUGAACUGCUAGGUUGGCAGGAGCUGGGACAGAGCAGCAGGAGCUCACCCCGUCGCCGGAAUUCAAACCUUUCGCUCACAACCAAUUGACUUGUGUUUCUAGACCAGUGGGAAGGAGGGAACUCGCAUCAUCCCUGACCAUUGACCAUGCUGGCUGGGGCUAUGGGAGUUGGAGUUGGAGUCCAACAAUGGAGCCCCAGGUUCCCCAUCCCUGCACUCUGCCCUCCUUCUAUCACUGUUGAAGGAGAGGGUUCUCCUGACACUUACCACAUGCAGUGUCUGCUCCUCCACUGAUGCGUCUGUUGAAGCAGCAGAGGAGAAUUUGGAGGCGAAUGGAGCCCUCCUCCUUCCCAAAAGUUUCCAAGAGUAUUUCAUGAUGUUGGUGUGCAAGCACAGCCCAAAAUCUGUGAUUGCACCCAGUGCCUCUCCAAGAACUGACCGUUGUCAGUAAACAACUAGAAUCCUGGGGUUUCCCAUCAUUGAUAUUCACCGCCAGGCUUUGUGGUGGACAGAGGAGUCAUUUUUCAGACAAGUCACCCCCUGUAGGGUUUUUGCAUGCAAAUUUGGGUCUGUGGACUUCAGGCUAAGGUCAGGUACCCAGCUGAAAAGGAAACCAUUUCUGUAUAGCCAUGCAAACCCGUCUGAACAUAUACAGGCUUGCUGCAGAUACUGAGGGAUUGUUCCUGGAGAUAUUGACCUGUAACGUUCUCCAUACUUCUGUGCGCGUUCUGACUUUAUUCCAAAUUCAUUUAUCUCCUGGGCAGUCACAAGUGGCAGUGCAUUACUGCUUUGGAGAAUGAAUUGUCUAUACAAUAAGAUGGUGCUGGGAAAAAAUAAGACACUAAGAUUAGCAGCAGCCGCAUACAUUAAAAUUCAAACCGAAAUCCCAGCCCUGGUAGGAAACUAAUAGAAGAAGAAAAUAUAUCAAGUAUAGAAGCGCCGUCUCAUCAUUCACCUGUGCUGAAGGAUCCAAUUUUAACCAUAUCCAAUAGCACUGUCAUUCAUCUUCUUGGUGUAUUAUUGUGAUUUAAAUCCAACCUCCAUACGAGGAGCAGUUCUUUUAAAAUGAUUGAGAGGGAAUAAGGGCAAAUUCAGUGUUUAGAAAAAGUUUAUGACAUCACAAUAUUAUCCUUUACAGAUGGAAGCAAUAUUUCCUACUUUGGGAGGAAAACUAAUCAUUUUCUAUCUGCCCUGAGUCAGUGCAUCAUUAUAAAAGGCGGAAAUAAGUAGUCUUAUGCAUUCCCAAUCUUGUUCUUGGCAACAUUUUUGUUUAGCCAAUGCCUCUGAUUUAUAGUAUUAAAUAUUAGCCUGACUCUAUAUUAAUUAUGUGGUUUUGAUUUUAGCAGCUUUAGUGUAAGAAGGAAUUAAAUAUUUCACAAGGAGAUAUAGCCAUGCAAUCAUGAAUAGUAAGAAAUAUGGGGCUAGCACAAUUUUCUUUCUUCUGGAACAAUAUUGCAUUCUAAUGAUCGUGGAGCUUGGUUAGCCGUGGAAUGUAUAUAUGCGUGUCAUUAUUUAUCAGUAGGUCUUCUGUAUUAAGGACUCGUCUGCAUUAAGGAGGCAGGUAGUGGGGUGGGUGGGUUUUUUUAAUAGGUUUAUUGGGAUAUAUUUUUAUAUAAAGGAUACAAAACAGCAAAUAUUCUGUGCGCUUCGAGUAUCCGUAACAUUUGCUGCUCCGGUUUCUGAGAAGCCAGCAAUAUAGCGAUGAGCAGUGGUUUGUUUCAGUUCACGGUUCCAACACCAAUUUGGUUGCAAUCUGGCGUAGCAAUUCUGUCUUGAGAGUAGGCCCCAUUGAACACAUCUGAGUAAACAUGCGCAGGCUGGUUCUAUCAGUGUUUCCAAGCCUGCCACUGCAUGAUGCUUAUCAUCAGUGUAAUUUAUUUUUACCUCUCUUUCUCCGAGGUGUUCAGUGAAGUGUACGUGGUCCAAUCCUUCACUUUAUCAUCACAACAACCCUGUGAGGUUCGUUGGCUAAAAGAGAAUGAUGGUACAAGGGUCAGCCAGUGAGCUGCUCUAGGUUUAACUUCCCAGACCUAGUCCUAGUCCAGUAGAACCCACUACAACAAGGUUUAACCUCUCAAGAUUCAUUGAUGAAGAGUUUCAUUGGUUUUUUCCAGCACAUUAGCGGGGAGCACCCAGUACUGCGCAGUGGGUGGGUGUGGGUGUUUGCUACACUUAGUGAAAUUGAUCUAGUUCGUACUUUGGGUCUCAAGAUUGCACUGUGGCACAUUACACAGUCCUUUAAAGCAGAUAAGAGAAGGGGUAUUUGUGGCAAGAUAACGUCUCUGUUGCCUCCCUUGAAAAGUGCGAAUAGCAGAUUAUUAUUAUGAGGGUUGGUGUCUCAAAACAGACGGAUGCCAACAAAAACCAUUAGGAAGGUUGGCCUUUUGGGUUACAUCAACAAUUGUCCCUCUUUCAAAAGAUCUACUGGUUUUUUAAAGGGCCCAACUGAACUUAAAAUUCAGAGUGAGGACCAAGCAGUUGUAAGAAAAGGAGCCCUUGUGGGAAAUUUUUAAACUAAUCUCAGUGCUUAAAAUGUUAGCAAAGAUAAGAAAAAUAAGUUUUUCCUUCACCAACUAUGGGUUGCCCCGAUUCCUUAUAGGAAGACUAAAUUACAUUGCUUAGUCCUGGUCUUUGUUCCCAUAUCUGUAACAGCAAACAUUCACAGUCCCGAUAUAAUUAGUCCUGCUGAAGUUAUCCCAGCCAUGUUUAAUUGUCCUAUUGGUUUCCAUUGGAUGUAAACACAACUAGCUUCUUCUGGUCAAUGGCCUCUGUGUUACAAUAAUCUUGUUCCUUCUUGCCUUCACUUGGCUCUGGGGUACAGUGGACCCAUGUGGGUUUUGCUUGUGUCUUGCUCUUGUCUGAGAAGUAUUUGAGGAUGCCUUAGCAUAUGAGGCUGGGCUAAAGAGCCCUGAAGCACCUUGCAAUGAUCAAGUGCCUCAUUCCAAACUGUAGCUGGAACUAGAUAUUCAUAUUCCCAAGACGGAGCUCACUUAUUAUUGGAGUUUGAAAAUUCAAUCCUCUGUACACCAGGAACUUUGUAGCCUUUUUGUUGGCUGCUUCAAGGAUGGAAAUUGCUGCUAAAUGGAAAGCUGGAUCUGGUCUUUCCCUACAAAGUUGGCUUGUUAGGAUUUGGAAGAUAGCAUUAACAGAAUGAUUAAUGCGGCGCAGCAGGGUGGUAAGAGGUGAUUGAAAAAAAAAGUUGAAUGCAACCUGGUUCCUGUUCACUUCGUAUGUUAAUAAAUCUUCCUCACUUUAUGGAGAGGUUUGGUAUCUUACUAUGCUUUGGCAUUGUAUGCUGUCAGUUUUACAUUACAUAAUGGAAAAAACAGUACUCCACAGUACAUUAUUGCAUAUAUUAUGGUGCUUCGGGUUACAGACGCUUCAGGUUACAUACGCUUCAGGUUACAGACUCCGCUAACCCAGAAAUAAUACCUCAGGUUAAGAACUUUGCUUCAGGAUGAGAACGGAAAUCAUGCUCCGGCGCGGCGGCAGCGGGAGGCCCCAUUAGCUAAAGUGGUGCUUCAGGUUAAGAACAGUUUCAGGUUAAGUACGGACCUCCAGAACGAAUUAAGUACUUAACCUGAGGUACCACUAUAUAUAUAUAUAUAUACACACACACACACACACACACACACACACACAUAUAGCUAAUAUAUAUAUUUUAUUGAAAUAUACACAUACACAGAGAGAGAGAUAGUAGCACUAAAUGAAUAAAUAGAAAGUUUGAUCCUGUAAACUCAGCCGUAUACUACAUUCCAUCAUUUUAAUAACUAUUUCUUCUUUGUUUUUUCAGUACUUCAGUGAAUUAAGAGCCAGCUUGAUAAACAGUCAGCCUGCCAACAAACAAGAGGUCCUUCAUCAGUGCUUUAGCAACCUAAUGGAAGGAGUGGAACAAAGCCUUCUAGUAAAGAACAGAGACAGGUAAGCUUCACUAUAUCCUGAGAUAGAGAAAAAAAUCUGUGACUGAUAAAAUAACCUUAAAAUAGGGGAUUUUCCAGAUAAGUAUGUUACACACCAUAAAUGCACAGUUGCUCAGACAGCAGUGUGUGCAUGUAUAUGUAUGGAAAUGUCAUCUUGUGCCAAAGCAAUAGCGAACAUGUAGCCGAGCCAUUACACAGGAACAAGAUUUAUUGUUAGUGUUGGUGGGUUCAGAAAGCCAUGAAUGUAGAACUAAGGAUAAAAUCCAUGAUGUUGCCACAGAAGUGGCAUGAUUUACGGCUUUUGUGUGUCUGCUUCUCACCACGGUGUUGUUGUUGUUUAGUCGUGUCUGACUCUUUGUGACCCCAUGGACCAGAGCACGCCAGGCACUCAUGUCUUCCACUGCCUCCUGCAGUUGGGUCAAACUCAUGCUGGUGGCUUCAAGAACACUGUCCAACCAUCUCGUCCUCUGUCGUCCCCUUCUCCUUGUGCCCUCCAUCUUUCCCAACAUCAGGGUCUUUUCCAGGGAGUCUUCUCUUCUCAUGAGGUGGCCAAAGUAUUGGAGCCUCAGCUUCAGGAUCUGUCCUUCCAGUGAGCACUCAGGGCUGAUUUCCUUAAGAAUGGAGAGGUUUGCUCUUCUUGCAGCCCAUGGGACUCUCAAGAAUCUCCUCCAGCACCAUAAUUCAAAAGCAUCCUUCUUCGGCGAUCAGCCUUCUUUAUGGUACAGCUCUCACUUCCAUAAUCCCAGCAAGUACAUGGGAUUGGGUCCAGUGGGCCUGGUCCUUUGUUUCCUCACCUCCUGCAUGCCGCUUUGACAGUUUGAUGGGGGCUUCCCAUCUGUCAGUCACCGGAUGUGUGCAUGACCUCAGGUGAGCUAUUUUGCAGGCACUGGCAGGACCUGCAAGGAAUUCAACUGAUUGGCACCAACUUUCAGCAGUGAGAAAUCGCCCUCCAUACAGUAGCUAAUCCCAGUGGGGUUUGCAUUUGGGGGCAAAUUUAAAAGUCACUGAAUGCAAUGUGCCCCCCACCCUAAUGCCAAGGUACAAUUACAGCUCCCAGCAAUGCUUCAGGUGCAAAGAUUUGGUCAUUCUGAACACAACUACUAUGCCCAAAGGUAUAAAGCUCAGUAUCUGCAGACCAAAUGUCCAAAUACUUAUUCAGAAGCUCUGGCCUGUGAUAGGCUGCACAGUCUAAUAGGGAAAGCCCUUUGUGUGACGGCUGAUGGAAAACUUUCCUUCCAGUGUUGGAGAAUUUUUCUUUCUUUCCUGUCAUAAAGGCUUGUAGGACCCAUUUGAAUUGUCCAUUUGUUAGCUUGAGGCUUGAAUUAGUGUAGAGAAAUCUGCCCCAAAUACAGUGGUGCCCCGCAAGACGAAUGCCUCGCAAGACGAAAAACUCGCUAGACGAAAGGGUUUUGCGUUUUUUGAGUCGUUCCUCAAGACGAAUUUCCCUAUGGGCUUGCUUCGCAAGACGAAACGUCUUGCGAGUUCUUGCGAGUUUGUUUCCUUUUUCUUAAAGCCGCUAAGCCGUUAAUAGCCGUGCUUCGCAAGACGAAAAAACCGCAAGACGAAAUGGAUUAAUUUCGUCUAGCGAGGCACCACUGUAUGUGCUGAUCUGCUCCACUGUGCUACAUUAUAACUGCUACCUUGUGGACAGUUUAAUAGCAUCUAAUAUUUUAGAUGUACAUGAUCUUUAUUGUUAUUUUUAUCCAUUUUUGUUACUUUCCCCCGUUUUACCUUCGCAGCAUUCUUAUGGGGUAGACUAAACAGAGAGUGGCUGCGUCUUCACCCUAAAUAUUUGGGCUUGUCGCAAUUCCAAACCAGUCUGGAGCUGUUUGUAAGGCAGGGAUCUGUAAGGCUCAGAGAACAGGCCUUCAACUAAUACACCAAAAUCAUUAACCACACAGAAAAGGUUCUCACCCUUGGGCAAAUCUGAGGGAUGGAUUUAAAAGUUUACAUCUCAUUUUAAAAACAAUGUUGGUGGAAAUCUAAACCCAAGGUAUAAUCAUGGCUAAUUAUAGUCUUUUCAGAGAAUUGAUAAUGGUUUGGAAGAGGCAUCACUGUUCAUAUGCAUAAAUUGUUCCACUCUCACCACUAAAUAGAGAAGGAAAGUUCAUCUGCAUUGAUUAACCAGACUUUUUCAGGUUUUAGCUAUGCCUUAAUUCUGACCUUCACAUGCUUUGGGGGCUUUCCUUUCCAGCUCAAAUAAGGACUAAAAUAAUCCAAAGAUAAUCAACAUCUGUUAAAAAAUUUUUAAGGUGUUUCUUUUAUUUGUAGGAUUUCUUGCAGCUGUGGGAGUUACCGUAUUUUUUGCUCUAUAAGACACACCAGACCACAAGACGCACCUAGUUUUGGAGGAGGAAAACAAGAAAAUAAAUAUUCUGAAUCUCAGAAGCCAGAACAGCAAGAGGGAUCGCUGCGCAGUGAAAGCAGCAAUCCCUCUUGCUGUUCUGGCUUCUGGGAUAGCUGCGCAGCCUGCAUUCGCUCCAUAAGACGCACAAACAUUUUCCCUUACUUUUUAGGAGGGAAAAAGUGAGUCUUAUAGAGCAAAAAAUACGGUAAUUUCUGACAAUAACCAUUCAGUUCUAACAAAGGACUGGUUUUGUUUUCAGAAUUCUUAGCAGCCUUAUCUAAAUGCUUAGUCUGAAAGGACCUUUGACAUGUUUGGUGUCUUCUUGGUUCCAGAUUCACACAGAAUAUGUCCGUCUUCCGCAGAGACAUGGCUGAAACCCUGCGCUGCGAGGGGGCUUCAGAAUCGAGCAGUUCAGAAAUGAUGAGUUGA